AUGCCACUCCAGGGAGAUACUGGGGAGAAGAGUGUGGCCAGAGCCGACACCACUGUCAGCACCUGUGUGUGUGUGUGUGUGUGUGUGUGUGUGUUUGUGUGUGUGUGUCAGAAAGAAAGAAAAUAAAUAGCUUUUUUUUCUUCUACUUAAUUAUUCACUAAGAUAUGUACACUUGAGGUCUCCCAGUCAAUAAUUUAUAUAGGUCACCCAUCUUUGCAAAGCUUGUUUUUAGUUAUUAGCAGAUUAGGGGAAAAUGGCUUGUUAAGUAUGGGCUGUGUUUAGUUUACCAGUGUAUUUGUGGACUGGAAUGUAUUCCAUGAGCAUUCAUCCUUAGCCAAACUUUAAUAGACAUUGAUAUGAGCAGUUUGUUAAUGGCCAUGUUUUUCUUUUUUGUGUUUAUUGACAUGGUAAUUAGCUGAGUGAGGUGUUAAUCCUGAUUUAAAGGUUUAUUUUCAUGUCUGAAAGUAUUACAUAGUUAUGGCUUAUCUGAAACAGGCUUGACUUGGUUAGUGUAUUAUCAGACAAUACAGUCAUAUUUAUCACGGUUUAAAUAUUUUUUAUUUCAAAACCAGGAAAAACACAUGUAGACAUGUUUUAACAUUCUAUUAUCUCUCGCCUGUGCAGUUCAUACAUAUCCAGUAGGGGGCAGAGUCCUGUUUUCACAUUUUUUCUCUUUUAUAUACUAGGUGCACAUGGGUGUUUAACCAUGUGAUGAUAUUAUGACAGCUAAUUCCUCUUAUCGUGAGUAGUGAUAUCACCAAAGGUAGUACUAUCUGUUGUGUAGUGAAGUAUUAGGACAAGUGGUUUUAGUAGUUAGAGGCAAAAUCAUGUAUUUUGUUAGAUGUAGUGUCAUCGAAGAGUACGUAGAGUUUAUUGCUUAUGUUUACAAUUUAAGCACAAAGGGCAACUGUUAAAGAUACCCUGGACAAAGAAAGUGGUGAUAUAGUUCAUGGUAAAGCAGUUUCUUACUAAGUACACACAAACUUAAAAAACUAAACAAAAAAAACAACAAACGACACAUGUAUAAUAAAAAGCAUUUAUUUUAGACUGAAGUGCUUUUUUAUGGUAUUGGCAACAACAACAAAAAAAGCAUCUCAAUUGUUUGUUGGCUGUUUGUUGUCAUCAGAAUAUAAAAUGAGUUUUGGCUCUUUGUCCUGGCGCUGUAAACAAUUCCAUUUACCAGAACAAUAAAGUGUCUGAAUGCAGGCUAGUUUCUUUCUUUCAGCUGGAUAGCUGUGUUUACUUAUCUGUUGUUUAAUUAAAGGGCCUCUUUUCUUUAGGUGCCCAUUGUUUCAAUAGCCCGGCCGGAGUUUCAGCAUGGGUCAAAGGGUUAACAGCCGUCAACUGUGACUUUAAAAAAAAGGGGCCCCACACAAAGGCAUGGUUCCACCUGCAGCUCGGCCUGAGGCUCCCUAUUGUGUAGGCCAUUUGAAUUGAUUAUGUUUAGGGGGCUGGUUGUGAUUGGUGGAGAAGGGCGUGGUUGAUUGGAUAGUUUUUUAUCUUGUCAGCCAGGGAGCAACCUUGUGCGUGCAAUCUGUCUGUAUCCCGAGGAAGGCUGGAGACGCCACAGCACAGCAGUGUCCGCUUGCCUCUCUGCCUGCCUUUCUGCCUCUCAUUCGCUCUCUCUCGUGCUCCUCUCCGCUCCACUCCACACUGCACGGCCCAGCUCUCUGUUUACCCUGCCAGCUAAAUGGAGUUUGUCAGGUUUGUCAAUAUGAUUGAUUCUGCAAUUUUGCCAGCUUUCUUGUGUAAAACUUGACAAUUUAAUUUGUCCAGGGAAAAGAAAAGAGGGCUUUUGUCUAUCUGUUGUUGAUGUUCUAUCAUUGUAACUGGUACAUUUUAUCAUGCAGUUUGUUUAAGGGGAGAAUAGAUCCAGGUUUUAGUGUGUUCUGGAGAUAGUGACAGAGUACAGGCUUGCCCUAAAGGCUGUUACACUACAAGCAUGUGUGAUUUGUGUGGAAAUGCUGUGGGUAUGUGUUUACUUGCUGUUAGUUGCUGAUGCCAUUCAGAGAUAGAGUUUUCCUUUGCUGAAAUGUGCUUCAACAAAUGAAACGUUAAAGUGUUUUGUUUAUUUGUUUGUGUAUUUAGUUACACUUUACAUGAACUUUCACUUUACAUGAAGUUGCUCCAAUGCCAGUUUAGAUAUACUGUAGUAACUAUUCGAGUUGUGUUGGUUUUGUUUACAGUACUGACGCUGUACUAACCUGAUAAUCAGGAUCUGGUACUAAAGUAUUUGUUGUUGAAAUAUGGAAAGUUCUAGGAAAAGCAGUGGGGCAUGUUUCUAUUUGAGCAUUAAAGUUGUUUAUCACAUAUUAGUAUUUUGUAUAUUAUACAUCCCAGUGUGUAGUAGUAACAAGCACAUGUAGCCCUCAGCUUCAGUAGCGCAUGCUGUUGUUGUUUAGUGGAAAAGUGUUACAUGAGAUAUUCACAGUUUGUGUGUGUGUGUGAGCUGUGUGUGUGUGAGCUGUGUGUGUGUGUGCCGCUCAGACUUGGUUCCCACUCCAGGCUAUCGACAGUGUUCCUGUCAAGUGAGGGAGGCAGUGAGGUGAUGGGGGGUUGUUCCUCUCCUCACUCUGUCACUUGAAAUUAAGGGGAGAGGGAGGCACAACUCUACAUUUGACGUCGUCACUACAUAACCAUUUUAGCCAGACUCAAUCAUUCUAAAUGUCAGCACUGACAUUUUUCCAGAAAAGUUGUUUUGUGUGCGUGUGCCCACGCGUGUGUUGUAAAGGGGGUGGGGAAUGGAAAUGAGUGGUGAAGUUGAACCUCUCUACACCAACUUCCCCCUAUUUCCCUGGUGGUACAUUUGAACCACACGAAACACCCCUUAGGUAUUAGACUGAAGACAGUUAUUGACUUUGUGGUGCUGGUUUAACUUUUAAUGAUGUGAGAGCCUCCAGAGUCUUCCAAAAUGACAUUUUCAAUUAAUAUAUUAAUGCAUGCUUUAAAAAGACCCACAUUUUCCUCACUUUUAGGGCUAGUGUUUUCACCCUCUACCCCCUCUGCCAUGUUUGUACUGAGCACCAGACUGUGUCUGAGGAGCCCUGGCAUUGGGGGGGAGUUUUCAGCAGCAGCGUGUGUCGUGGUGGUAGAGUGUCUGGCAGAGAGGGGCCGGUGGAGGUACACAUUAGAUGUGAAGUCUAAACAGCCAGUGUGCACCGUAAUGCUGUGCAGCUGCACCGGCCGGGCUGGAGUUGCAUUUUGGGAGAGCUGGAGUGCGAGCUGAUUGGGUUGACAGUUUGUAAUCAAAGUUGAUUUAUUGUUCAUUAGUAGUGCAUUAGCCCUUUUAGGCAGGGCCGUUAUUUGUGCAGUGGCCUGUCAAGGGGAGAGGCUGCCAGCACCUGUCAUUUCUAAACCAUGACAUAGGCAACCAGAUAUUACCCUGUACCCAGAGAGGGGGGCGCGGGGCCAGCGAGAGCCCACAGUGCUCUGGGAUAUCCUUUACUGGACUGGCCACUGCUUUGCAGUGUGGAGUGAGUGAGGGGGAAUAGUUUAGCGAUGAUAUAGAAAACCACCAGCUGCUCUCUGCUGUUGCCGCUGACUCCUCGCUGGAUUGAGGAACGUUUUGACUUGAAAAUAGCUUUUGUUCAGUUUCAAGGUGCAUUACUGCUCAGUGCGCUUGUUCAAAGCGUGCCUCCAUUUCAGAUAGGCAAAUUAAGUCAACACCAAAGAUGUUAUGUAUUUCAACGGGUAGAGAUAGUAAGUUAACAGUAUGAUUACAUGGUGUAUAGACAGUGGUAGGCGUAACAAAAUAAUAACUAGCCUAUAUUUGCCACUGUCCUGCUCUGCUAGAACGCAUUAUGUGAUACUGUUGAUUGCUGCUGGGCUCCUCAAAGAAAAAAAGAAAAAAUUUGUUUGUCAAAGUAGUUGUGGAAUAAUUCAGUAGGCUGUACCCAGAUAUAAGCACAGGCAUAUGUGUUGGAUCUAGAUUUAUCUCUGGAAGGCAUUCACACAUACUGUAAGCCAGCUGCUGACUUCUCCCUUUUAAUUAUUAUUAAUUGGCCACAUGGAUUUCUAACUCACAAAAGACAACAACACAAGCCGGCGUAAAAAAGCAACACAAUUUGUGGCCCCUUGUCUGCCGUCAUGGAAACAAGGAUUAGGUUUGCGUUGCUGGUGUGCAGAGAAUGGAAACAAUCUGCAUGAGUAUGUGUCAGGCAUUGUCUUUGGGUAAAUUUUCAUUUGAAGGGGAUUUUAAAGGCUGUGAUCUUAAUUAAAUCUCAACUGACUCAAAUAAUGCAUCUGAAGGCACGCAGUGUUGCGUAACGGUGCUGAGCUGGUAAACCAUAAAUCACGCACACAGAGGGACGAAGGAAGAGAACAGAAGAGGGGGUUCUGGUGUUGUGUGGUGAUGCACGCGCCAGGUCUACGACAAGGUGAAUGGUCUGGUGAAUGGUGCUAUUGUUGGCAGUAGAGUUGUCAUAUUGCAUAUUUUAUUUUUGUAAAACUUGUCUCAAACUUGCCUGGUAAGUGCCUGCAACUCUACAUAUGAGGGAGUGGCUUGAAAUGUCAGAACGUGUGAGAUGUUAUCAGUGAAAAUGGAAACUUGAACCCUCAUUUAAAAAAUGAGUAAUUAGUGUUAUAAACUUUGCUGGAUUUCAGCGUUUUGAAUUUUUUGUCACUCAGUUCAAAACAUAUCUCACAUAAUUGUACACAGGUGAAGUGUCAUAAUUUUUAUUAUAUCACAUCAUUUUAGUGCAAAUAAUUUUAUUGCAAUACAGACGUAUCUCUAUCAGUGAAUACAGUGGAACAUAAAUACACUGAAAGAAAUCAUCCUCUAAUGAAGUAAUAUACUCUCACUACAGGCAACUACAGGAGAUGGCCCCCAGUGAUCAUAUUUAGCUGUGUGAUGACUAUCUGUUUGAAUAGCAGAGGUGUUACACAUACUCUCUGUUCCUCUCAAUUCCUGAGACAGUGUUUAGUGUGUGUGUCAGGGUGGGGACCAUGCCCUCUGCUCUGUGCUCAGCAGUGGGCACCUGCAGUGGCGGACUCCCUGAGUGUGGGAAAGAGCCGACACCACGCAGCUCAGCUGUUAUAGUUAGGGUGAGAGGCUCGCUCACUUCUCCGUGUAGUUUGUUGGUUUUACGGAACGCUGGCCCAGCUUUGCUGAAAACUUGUUUGUUUGUGGUUUAAAAGUUAAUUAAAAUGCAAUCUUAAGUUUUGUUUUUACAGUUGCUGCGUAUCGUUACGAUCCCCUUGCAGAAUAUAAAUAGCAAAUGGGGAGAAUAUGUGACUGUGAUUAUCCUGUUUAUCUGAACUGUAAACGUUUUUUAAAGCAGUUUGAAUUUGGAUGACAGAGAGGAAUUAGUGAGGGUUAACUGAAUCAGGAUGGGUAGCUUUGUCGCUGUGUGUUCAUUGUCAUGCAUGUUGUAGCCUGGGACUUCAUACAUUGGUUAUUGUUUAAUAAUAAUAAUAAUAUAUCCAUCUAUCUAUAUCUAUCUAUCUAUAUAUCUAUAUAUGUGUGUAUAUAUAUAUAUAUAUAUAUAUAUAUAUAUAUAUAUAUAUAUAGAUAGAUAGAUAGAUAGAUAGAUAGAUAUAGAUAAUAGUAAUACACACAAACAAAAAUACACCAAAAUAAAAUGUAAGAAACAGAUAUUAUUUUGUUGACCCUUUUUUCCCAGCAGAGAAAAUGUGCUUGACAUAUUCUCCAAAGCGUUAUCCACCUUCAAUAUUUCAAUAAACCUAAACGAGACAUGAAAAAAUGAGUCAUUCCGAUCUUGUCGAGGACUAAUUAUGUUCAUGCAUCACUUCAAUGCAAUGCCUCCCAUGAAAUCCUCAUUUCGGAGACAUUUUCAUGCUCGAGAUUAUAUGCUAUUCAAGACAGAGCGCCAUUACUAUUCCAAUGUCUCAGGCCAAGGUAAACCAACAGCAUCAAACAGGCUGGUUUCUAUGAUUUCUCAAGGGCUUGUUAUUUUCUACUUCUACAUUCCAUUUGAUGUCCUUACAAAACAAGAUGACACCAGGGAGCAAGAUAUAAAAGUUAGAUUUUUUUUCCUUUUCAUCUAACCUGUUCCUUCAUGGCCAGUUUAAUAUCAGCCAUGGUCUCAUUGAAGUUGGCCUCUUUUUCCUCUUUCUAUUCUCCUUAAUUGCCCCUGUAUCACCAGGAGGGGGAGGGAGGCUAGCCUUAUGCCUGGAUCUGCUUCCUCUCUCUCUCUCUCUCUCUCUCUCUCUCUCUCUCUCUCUCUCUCUCUCUCUCUCUCUCUCUCUCUCUCUCUCUCUCUCUCUCUCUCUCUCUCUCUCUCUCUCUCUCUCUCUCUCUCUCUCUUUCUCUCUCUCUCUCUCAAUUCAAUUCAAUUCAAUAGACUUUAUUGACAUGGCAAGUAAAAUUACUUACAUUGUCAAAGUAUAGAUAUAACAAAAAUGGUGGGACCAACAGCAAUAAUAAUAAUAAUAGUAGUGGAAAUGGGAUUACCAUUAACAGCAACUACAACAACAACUCUCUCUCUCUCUCUCUCUCUCUCUCUCUCUCUCUCUCUCUCUCUCUCUCUCUCUCUCUCUCUCUCUCUCUCUCUCUCUCUCUCUCACCACACUUUGACCUUUGCCUUCUGGGGGAACGCUGGUCGGAGAGCGUUUUCAUUAAGUGUGAAUCAGUGCAUUUCCAACAUCGUCAGAUCUGUGGGCAAUAUUUCCUCAUUAGAAAAUAAUUUCCGUGGAUGUUCUCGGUGGUGGCGCACAAAGAGAAGUUGGCUUAGUGUCCUUUGAAGGCAGCAGUCCUAACCAGAGCAGAGUGCAGUCCUAACCCAUCACUCUGUGCUGUGCCUUCCUUUCACUCUGAACAUGCUCCUGCUCUGUUCUCCAAGCAGCACGGCAUCAGACGGUGCCUGCUACGCUAACCUCCUCUCUUAGGAGCAACUAAAAAUGCAUAGUUUCAGAACUAUUUUUGUAAAUAGAUUAUAUUUUAGAAAUGUGGCUAACCUGUUGUAUGUUACUGUCAUGAUAAUAAUGACAGAUACAUAAGGGAGCGGUAUUACUGCUGUAUUUGCAUUGGACAGUGGCAAUUUAAACUGUCACAGUUUGCAUCUUUGAAAGCAGGAAUAAAUAACACAAUUCGUUUUUUUACCGGAUUAAAAAUAGUCUUAGUAUUUGUUAUUAAUAUCGUUGUAGUUACAUAUUGUAAAAAGUGAUGCUCCAGAACUUUUGUAUAAUUUCAGCCAUUCAAUUUAAAGGUGGUGCUCAUGAUGUGUCCCCGUGUACUACCCCUUUCAAUUGUGUACUAUGUCAUCCAUUUCGUAUGAUAUGUUACGUCCUGCCAAAAAAUAAUGUGUUUUUUGGGGGUUGCAAUUCAAAUGAUAUGUUAUGAAUCCAAUUCGUACAAUAUGUUACGAAUUUGUUGUGCUAUAGUUUCCGGACUGCAUGUUUAACUAUACGUGUGAGUACACAUGCUGUAUGGACUUUAAGUGCUUGUGUGUGCAAGUUUUUUAAUGCUUAUGUGUGUGUGUGUGUGUGUGUGUGUGAGUGAGUGUUGGCCAGCAGGCCUGCACUGGUAUAUUGCCUACAGUCACACUGCAGCUGUGUGAGAAUGUUCCAGGCUUGAAUGUUUAUGUACGUGAGGCACCUGGAGAGCGCCACGCCUUACUGAAAUCCAUAAAUCCUAUAAACUCUCCUAUUCUCUUUUAAUUAACCAGACAGACAGAGAAUUCUCCCUCAGACUCCCUUUAUAUGUACAUAUAUUUCUUUGAAUCAUCUGGAGUCAUGAUGUUAACCAGAGAUAAGGGAGUGUGCCAUAUGGAGAGCAUUCUAAAUGGAGACUGGCGGCCCGUGUUUGCUUUAAAUAGGCAUGAUACACCAGCCAGGGCCAUAUUUUUCACUUAAAGUGCUCCCUCCCACCCUUCCCCUCAAUAGCCCCCUGUCUUAGGCAGAUUUUCACUCAUUCAACACAGGAUUAAAUGGUAGAAGUUACAAUGAUCAAUAGGUUAAGAACCGUACAAUCCCUCUCACUGCUAAUGACCUCAGUAGUAAUGGGUAAUAAAAUGUUGGCUGUAAUAGCCUCUUGCCAUGGCUUUGCCUGCCGUCUCUGGGUGUCUAACAGUAGUUACAGUGGACCAGACCCCGCAAUCAUGACAGGGAGAGGUGUGAAGCUUCCUGAACCAGAGGAUGUGUUGCUCAAGGUGUAAAAAAAAGAAGAAGGAAAUUAAUUGAAUGAAAUUCCAAUGCAAUUUGUAAUGAAAUUGUCAGUUAUUGAGAAGUGUGAAAGUGAUUAAAAUAUUGUGUUAAUUCUAUUUCUCUACACUGGAUCUCUAUGUUAGACUCUAUAAAACAUGUACUAUUGAAUAUGCAUAAUAAAAACCGGUUAAAUACAUGUGAAAAUAACCCUGGCUACGUUUACUGCCCGUAAAAGUAGAGCAUGUCAAAUCUGAAGUAGAUCGUUUCCCUCAUGUAAUUUAAUAUAAAACAUCAAAGAAGAGUCAUUAUUAUUUGUCCUUGGUGUGUGUGAGGUAAUUGUCAGUGGUGCUGAGGCGGUUUUUAACGGCAGGUCUAUAUCUAUCGCAUCACGUAGAGGGCUUAUACUGUAUCAAGACACGCUGCCUGGUUGACCUUCAAAAUAGUUCAUCAAAAUUAGUGAUGCUGAGAAAAAAGGACAUCAGUGUAUAAUGACUGUGAAAUUAGGAACGGGAGCCUUGGCUAUGCAAAUGACAAGCCAAAUGAAAAAGUCAAGAUGGACUGCAUAUUAAGACGUAAUACGGAAGGAAUUAAUAUUGCAUUUUCAUCCUCUCGCCACCUCGUACUGAAAAUGAGAAAUGUUAAGUGCGUUGGGUCUUGGGUGGAGCAAAACCUCUUGAGUUUCCCCUACAGGAGGACAAAACGACUCUAAUCGCGUAACGCAGUUCGGAGCACCUCUCAAUGAAGUUUACAGAGAGAAUCAGCGUCAGCGCCACAGCGUCCUGUUUAACACUACUGCCCUUUCCAGCGCUGUGAGAGUACAAGCUGCUCAUUAUGACCCGUUUUAGUUUUGUUUUAUGUUCCAAUGUGGAAAAUGAAUAAGGUGAUAUGCAUGCUGCAGGUGUCAGAGAACACCCCACCAGCUAGAUAGAUUCCAAACAGCUACAUCACAUUCAGAGAUGCAUGAAAAAUUCAAAGGACCGUCAUUAGCUAUGAGGACGUGAUACAAUUUGGGUAACCUUGGCGAAGACAGACUGUCACCCCUAAUGUCCGCUCUAUCAGCCGGGCGACAUUAGCCUCAGAGACGCAGAGCACAGUUCUACCACACACACCACGACAUGUUAACAGCUGCAAAUGUGAGACGCUAUCAAGUAUAUCUCAGUAGCUGUUUGUCACUAAAAUGUCAGCGAAAGGGGCUUUUAAUGGUAUGGCACAUCACAGCUGUGAGUGGCAGCAUCCAGACACUCUGGGAAGCCACAAUGCCGCCGGAGCAAUUAAGGCAGCCUGACAACUGUGGGGCUCUCUCAGUGUCAUAACAAAUCACUUGUUUUGAAGAGUCAUCCACUCACACCUUUUUGUUAGGAGUUAGUUAAGGGCCUGUGUCAGUGUGUGCCCUCCUCAAGGCAUGGCGCCAGCGUUUUAUUUCUACGUUAAAUAAAUUGCCGUUGACAAUAUUCUAAUGAAAUGCUCUCAUAUGACAUGGCUUAUGUACAAAGAGAGCUAUUGUACCUACAGUGUGUGGCCUAUCUUUGCAUUUUCUGCUAUUUGCAGAUCACCUCAAAUGAUCAGCUUAAGAAAGCAUCAAAACAGAAGCAAUCAGACCUUGGACAGCCUUGUGCUAGGUGUGUGUGUGUCUGGAGAGGGCUGUUGUGCUGAAGGUCGGAGCCUGUAGUAGAUUCUCCACAGGCUUACUGCAAGCCUGGCUGUCUCGUGUCAUUACAGCUCAGGGGGUGUAGCAUCUCUCGCUGUGAUGACACUCCAGGUGAUUUCUCCAGUACAGACCAGAGGGGUUGAGGGGCUGGGCUAUCCUUAGCUGUCUCUUUUGAGUAGCUGUGUUGGUGUGUGUAGCCCCUGACAAUUAGUCUGGUUGACCUGCUGUAGUCUUUACCGUCUCUGCUUGUCCGAUUGUCCCUAGUUACAAUAUUCAUGAAAACAAAAAUGAGCUUUUUGGUCUUAAUUUACAAUUAUGCUUAGGCAUAAGGUUAGCAGUGUUUAAGAAUAGAAAUUGUAGCAAUAGCAAUAUGACUUUGUGGCUGUGUUAACUAGUGACAAGCUUGUUGUCCUCCAGUUCUCUUUCUUUGCUGUGGUCAUCUAAUCCUAUAAAUCAUGUAUCCUGGCUAUGUCAGUCUUUUGCUGUACCACUGUCUCUCUCAUAGACCAGGUUAGUGACUGAUCUGUCCUUAAUGUCUCCUCUGUGUAUCUCUUAUAGGUUCCAGUCUCAGUGGCUAUGAUGACACCCCAGGUAAUAACUCCCCAGCAGAUGCAGCAGAUCCUCCAGCAGCAGGUCCUGAGCCCUCAGCAGCUCCAGGUGCUCCUGCAACAGCAGCAGGCCCUCAUGUUACAACAGGUAAAUGCAUGGGACACACAUACGACACACAUGCAGUACAUAGAACACAUCAACAUCCCCACACCAACUACCAUAUGAACAGUGUUUUAAAGGGAAUGAUCUACAGUGCACUAGCAUUCCUUCUGAACAUGAAACUGUAUCAAAUAUAGAACAGCCAGAGUGUUGAAAGUAUCCCACGGCCCACUGCUGAGUUUAGCUUGGCCCUGAUACAUUGAUUGGUUGGUGAGCUCUCACUCAGACGUAGCUCCGAUGUCUUUUGCAGCAGCAACUCCAAGAGUUCUACAAGAAACAGCAGGAACAGCUCCACCUCCAGCUCCUCCAGCAGCAGCAUGCGGGCAAGCAGAGUAAAGAGGUAGGCUCACUACGCUGACAUCAUCACCAUCAGCACCGCUGCACGCCGCUGCCUUACUCAACUCACGUGUUGCCCCGGCAGUAAGAGCCUCAGCCAAGCUCAGAGCAGAGCAUGGAAGGCAUUUGUUCUCUCCCUCUCGCCAUCUGUUCAGAGGCUGUGGUUUUUAAGAAGAAGAAGAAAAAAAGAGAGUGAAAGAAUCAAGUGCACUCAUGCUUCUGAUUAGCAUGUCAGGCUCUCUGGGUAAAUACCAGUAAUAACUUUAUAAACUAAGAAUACUGAUGAUUCCUCUUCUUCCAGGGACUGGGGCUGGUACUGCUGCUCAGGCGAUGUUUGUGCAGUUUUUUUCUUCUUUUCGCUCCAGUAAACAAGGGUCCUACAACAAAGUGUGCCCUUCGUAUGAGCGCCCUUGUAGCCAAUAAUCAAAGGAAGGGGAAAAGAAAGGCUGAAACGUCGAGCAUAUAAAUCUGAGAAGCUUCCUUGGUAAUUAGCAUGGAAACGGCAAUUGGAGAGAAUGCAUGUAAUUGUGAGAUAUCAGUGCAGGGAGUGCUCCCAGCCUUGUUGCCCACGCUCUCCUUCUUCCCCUGGCUCAUCAGCGGCGGCUCAAUGCGUGUUAAUGACUCGCAGAUACAGGCAUCACUCUGGACAAAGGAAUGAUUAUUGUGCGGUCAAACGAAAUUCAAAGACAAUCAGGGAAUUUUCUCUCUUUUCCCCUCUGAGAGCCACGUUUGGGGAGGGUGAGAAAAAAAGGAUAUAAAUUAAGCCAAAUGUUAAAAACACACUCACACACGCUCGCGCACAAACGUGAACGAACAAACACACAUGCUCACACACACACUGUCGGAGCUACCGACUUCAAAGUCCCAGCUCUCUAAUUAAUGAACUGCAGGCUUCAAUUUGGACAAGUUGUGGUGUGAUGCUCCCAUAAAUCAACGUGACAGCAGAGCUCCUUGGCCUCAGAUAGGGCCUGUCACCAAGUCGCAUCUGAUGUAAACACGACUCGAACUGGGGGGGGUUGUGCUAGUCAGAAGGAGGUGCAAUUGAUCAGCUGAACAGAGUGUUAAAAAAACAACUUUUGAAGCGUAUUAUGUAUGAUCACAGGAAAUGGAUGCAGCCUCGAGAGGCUCUCCUGCUCUCCUAUGUGUUGCGCCCCCCCCCAAUUGCAUUUCUAGCUGCUGCAGCCAUCAAAAGACAGAAUAAGAAUUGUGCCGCGACUCCCCCGUGGCUGGCAGACAAUAACCCCCUGUUGUUGCUUUGUGCCUCUUUUAUUUUAAAGACAUCAAAAUUUAGUUUUUCAAAGAUCUUUAACUUUAUAUUUGAAGCUUGACAAUAAAGGGCUGCCACUGCCACUCUGUAUCAAUUGUCAGGGACUGUAUUUUUCUCUCCCUCGUGCCACUUCUUGUUAACCUCUUAUUUGGUCUAUUGAGCUGGGGGUUUUAAUGUGUCUGCACGCUGGGAGAGCACAGGAGCUGCUGUCAGCUGAUGAGACCACAAGAAAGAAAUCUGAUGGGGAGAGAGUUAAAUUCAUUUAAUUUCUCAGUUUUUAAAAGCCACCCUAUAUUUAUUUAGGGCACUGAUGAAAGACAUUGUUCCCUGUGAACUCCCGCCCCCGUAGUACCAUUAGCAUCUUUGUCUUAUGCUGUCAGACAGAUGGGAGCUACAGUACAGAGAAGAGUCCUAUUGAAGACACUUUUGUGAAAAAGAAACACCAUAAUUUAUUUUUAUUUUUUAAAGGCUGUUAGAUGGGAAGAAUCACAUGCCAACUGAAUCACUAAUUAAUUACACUGAAACGUCAGUGAGCUCUUCAUCAAAUAUGCUCCAUAUAGUUUAGAACAUAAACCAUAGAAAUAGGUGUUCAUGAAUACACCCUCUCACCUAGCCCAUGCUUAAAUGCUAGUCCAUCAAUAUGACACAACAUCAUCCUGAUCAGACUAACAUUAUGAGAAGGUCUCUCCAUAUCAGACCGGUGUAGUGUACAGUACUGUGUGUGUUCAGGGCUUUAUUUUUACUGAGCUGUGGAGCAGAGGCUGGGCGUGGGGAGAUAAGGGGAGGGGAAAGGAAGCCCGGCAGACCUUUGACAGGCAGACCAGGACGGGCGGAGGAGGGGAACAUUUUAUCUGGCUAUUUCAGCGGUUUCUGAGCCGCCGGCCAGUGACCUGACAGCAGCGUUGCACCGAGACCUUUUUUGUAUGCGCUCAAUUGUGAGACGUAAACAAAGUGGUGUAUCCUGUGUUUGGUAACAGGGUGCGGUGCACAGCUUGGCAGCCCGGGUUGAUUUGAAUGCCCCCCACCCCCCCCUUGACAAUUGGCCUUGUAUACUCAUAUAUAUAGCCUAAUAUCCUGCCCUCUCCCAGGCUUAUUUUGUUUGGCUGUCCUUAUCUGUCAGAGAAAACAUAACAAGGUGAGCUUUGUCUUGAUUGAUCGUUAUCUCCAGUUGUUGUUUAAGGAAUAAUAAUCCAUAUUUUGAUGGUGACGCUGAGACUGGGGUUAAUGGUAGGGUUAAAUGGUCAGUCUCUCCACUCCUCUGUUAUCUAAACAUCUCCCCAUUUGUUUUGAUUCGAAGAAGGUUAGGGAUAUUACAUACUUUCCUUCUAUUUAUUGGUUUACACCACACUACACCACACAUCUCUCUUUCUCUCUCUCACUCUCUUUACUGCCUCACUUUACACCUUUCACUUUCUAGACCGAGGAAAUGAGUCUCUAGCUUUCCCAGAGUGGUAUAGUCAUAGUACUGUAAGAUGAACAAGACGUCUGUUCUUCAGUCACUCUAUGAUUCAAAUCAACUUGCUGCACUGGGGGGGAAAUAAACACCUCCCCAAGCUCAGUGCCGCGCCUGAGAGAGUUGUGAGACUAGCUGGUGUGGCUAUUAAACACUUUGAUUUCGUCACACGUUGUUUGCUGAAUUAUGAAUGGGUGUAAUUAAAAUACUGUGGCUCUUAUUAUGAAUGAUUAACUAUGUUGUUUCAUUGUUUGUCAUUUGCCUCCUGACUCCUCGUUAAUUAAGAGAGAGGGGGAUAUAUACUGUACCUGUCUUAAGUGUGCACAGACAAACCCACAUGGUGUGUUGAAUGUGUGAGUGUGUGUUUGUGUGUGUUUGUGUGUGGUGUGGUUCGAUUGGGAUUGUGUGUGUGUGUGUGUGUGUGUGUGUGUGCGUGCGUGUAUGAGAGAAGGUGUGUAUUUUCGUGUGAGCAAACAUACUGUAUCCUGUUUGAGAGAACAUAACAUGUGCAAAAGCACACAAAUAUUCAGACAUACAGGAUGCACUAUAUGAUCCGCAUGUGUUUGUCCACUGGUUCACUACACUAGAAUUUGCAUGUUUCUGUGUUCAAUCAAUAUGUACAAUCCAAAACAGUAUGAAAAUAAUGUACUUUUUGUUUGCUCUGGGUUACCCAUGUCCUGUUUGUGUGUUUGCUCAUGGUGUGUCUCUUUCUGUUUGUGUGUGUGUGUGUGUGUGUGUCGUCCUCAGCAGCAGCAGCAGGCUCAGCAGUUGGCCUUCCAGCAGCAGCUCAUGCAGGUCCAACAGCUCCAGCAGCAGCACCUGCUCAACCUCCAGAGACAAGGCCUGCUCACCAUCCAGCCUGGACAGACCACCUUGCCCCUGCACUCGCUCACUCAGGGUCAGUGCUCUACUGUACUGUACAACACACCUCCACACAGGGGAUUACACCUUCCCCCAGCAGUCCCCCCACAAACAUACACACACAAACGCUAAAAUACCCUAGACUCGCUUUACCCCAAUGAAAUAUCGUACUGCAUCUGCCUUGACUACAGUAUACAACUCAGUUUAGAAGUGUUUCCCACCUACCCCCUUGUUUCAUUUAUACUGCAUGUAGUGUGUUCCUCCCCUGUUACUAUCAUGGUGUAUAGAUUCCCCCUUUCCUUCAGCCUCUGUCUCUGGACUCUCCAUUCAUACCUUUCUCUUAGAAUGGCAUCAUACUGGGUGUUGGCCUAGUGGCAAUCCCUCCUAAGCCCAGAGGAAGACUGGAACCAUUGUUACUAAACUGCCACUGAACCUCUUAUUGUGAAAUCUCCCAUAAGGGUAUGGUGGUGUGAGUCAAUACUUGUUGUUAAGCCAGGAAGUUUAUUUCUUAAUUUGUUUAUUAAUAUUUUCUUAAGGAGCAGCCCAAUGACAAAGACUCAUUCAUAGCGUUUUGGAACAUGACAUAGACUAUUCAUUCCACACUAAGACAAACAGUUUUGAAAUAACAAGAUAAGGCGAUAAAAUGGGAAGGGUGGGGGAACUUAGGUAAUAAGCAAACCAAAACAGGGUUUGUUCAGUCAUGUUAUUGUUUGGACUGUAUGGGAUCACUCAUCCACUGGCAGAUGAUUGCCAUAGGCACAGGCGGGGACCACCAAUGUGCUGUUAAUGUACGUUUAUGAAUUACCUUGUGUCGGAUAUCUGGCAAACAUACGCCCUGUGAGUAAAGCAUUGCCCUAGCGAUAUGGCAGCUUGCUGUUCUUUAUGGAAGUGCACAACAGUUACUGGACAUCCUGUUGACUCUUUGCUUAUGCUUAGUGUCAUCAAAUACCUCUAAGGCCAUCUCAAACAGGAUACAGUAACCAUACACUCUUUGUUUGUUCAGCCAUGUUUUUUCAGAUGACAGUUUAAGAUACAAAUAAGGUAUCGUUUCUCUUUGUUAUUAUUUAUACAAACUGAAAUGAGGAAUUGAAUCUUACCGCACAGUAUGUUGGUUGGUUUCAGUAUUUUACUGAGUGGUACUUGGUUAGGCUGCCCUUGGAAACCAUUGGUGGUUAACUCUAUGUAAGACAGCUGUUAAAACACUUACCAUCAGGCUGAGUUUCCCUUCCUAUUCUACAUAUGUUCUGCUUGACUGUUUGAAGUUAUUCGUUUGGGCUGAGGCGAUGAAUUAGGAUGACUUUUAUACACAGAGGCGAUGAUCAGACAGAUCAGCCUUAUUCCCCUUUAUUCCAAAUUCAGAAUCAAAAUCAAAUGAUUUGAAAAAUUCAAUCUCUCAUGACAUUAUAAUUGUAUUGUACUCUCCCAUGCAUUCAUGGUGUUCUGAGAUAAUAGAUUUCACAAAAAUGAUUUUAACAGCUCUGAAUGUUUUAGAAGGAGGCAUGUCAUUUAUACUUUGAAAAUAUUGUACAUGUAUAACAUGGUUUAUUUUAUUUUGUGUUGUUUUGUCUCAUGCUUACUGGAAUUGUUGAUAGAGACAGUAUAAAACAUUUUCAUUACAAAUUGACAUGAAGAAUUACAUUGAGUUAUCAUUUAAAACCAAAAUGUGAAGGAAGUAAUUGAGUAGAAGCUUGAAGAGUGCUAUUUGGAUGACAACCAGUUGUUCUCUUUAUCUGAACCUUAAUUUGUUUCUCUCGCGGUAAAUUCUUUUGACAUUAAUGUUCAAAGUCUUGGAAGCGGUCAGACAGUAUCUGUUAUAAAUUACAAUAAUGUGUUUGGGGAGGAUAUAACUCCCAUAAAUAUAAAUUUGAUCCAGCGCCCCCCUCCCCUCCUUCCCCCAAAAGCCUCUCCUCUUGACCUGUGGAGCAUGAGAGAGACGGCAAUGUUCGCUCCACUCUGUUCUCUCAGGUGCAGCUGCCAGGUGUGUGUGUGUGUGCGUGCAUGUGUGCGCGUGCGUGCGUGUGUGUGUCGCUGCUUGCCCCUCUCUGCGCCUGCCCUGAUUGGCUAAAGUGUCUUUUGUGGCCCUGUGGCCUCCCAGGCGGCCAUGUAACAGACUGACCUCUCAUCGCUGGAGAACAUCAGUUAAGUUGUCCAAGAGAGGGCAAUGGGACAGUGACAGGACAAAUUUGUCGGUAAUAUGAAAGCAAAGAAUGUGGCGAAGCAUGAAGCUGUUCUCAGUGCAGCAGCGGCACAUCAGGGACAGCGGUAGGUAAUACGCUCCCCCAGUCAGUGAUUGAUUUGGCCAGCAGCGCGACACUGGUAAUAGUUCCUACAGCAUUAGGAGGUAACAUAUUUUAGGCCUAAGGGGUGCAUAUCACUAGGCCAGUGAUUACAGGAAUAUAAACAGGGGUGCACCAGAGGUCUCUGCCUGAUGGAGCAAUAAACUAAUAGUGGUGUCACCGUCCCCCCAUGGUAUUGGCUCUGUGUGGAAAGAAACAGCAGAGUUGAAAGAACCCAGAGGAUAGGGGCUAUUUUUUAUUCUGUGGAUGAUGGCCUGAAACUGAUGUCAUUAUGAACCUUAAAUCAACUUUCUGCUUGCUUGAACAUAGUCACCUGGGUACGGAGGUACAAGGACAGGAAAAGGUUGAAGAGCUCUGCCUGUCUGGGUGCCAGAGCUACCUGCAGAGGUAAAAUUGAGUUGCCAGUCCGGUGAUCAAUCAAGUGUCCCAACAACAUACAUUUUUUAAAAUGCUUGUCUGUAUUUCCAACCUAUAAUGAGUGGAAUAGCGUUGUUGAAAAAUGAAAAGGGAGGAUAAACCAAUCCUGCAUUUAAAAAAUGGACAGACUGGGGAGACAAAAAAGGAUUUAGAGAUCAGUGUUCUAUGUCUACCAUAGAAAUCAGAUGCUGCCUUUUCAGGAAAAAUAGAACACCGUUUGUCCAAACAUAGAAUACAAUACUGUUUGAGAUUUUCAUAGCUUUACAUUUUAUUGUAAUUUAUGGUGUUAUCAUGAACAACCCUCAGUUUCAAGAGAUCCAAUGAGGACAAGGAAGAACAUAGGAGCAGGGGAUAGAGUGGGAGAGAAAUAAGGGGGUACGUUAGGAAGGAGACAGCUUGGUCCCAGUCCGUUACCCCUCUCAUCAGAGGAGUCUAUGGGACCUGUUUCAUCUGAGUAAACAGUGGUGUCGGGAUCACCAGAACUGGCUGGUAAUUGAGGGAGAGUGGGCCAUUCUGUCAGCCACACAGGCUAAAAAUACAUCGCCCACUGUCAAUGGGCACCAAGUGGGGGGAAAAUGAUUGUUCCCACUGUUGAAGCACAGGACACUCACUCCAGCAGUGACCUUCCCCAUCCAGACAAACCAUCAUCAUGGAAAACUUUCCCUUCAAGGAUCAUUCCCACCAUCAAAACAACAAUGGGACUUUAAUAAGACAAGUGAGAAGCAACAACCGAAGGAUUAGCAUGCUUUUGUGCAAACAGGAACAUUUGGCAUCUUUCAUGGCUGUGUCCUUUGAUUAAGGUACGUCAAAGAAUAAGAGAGAGAGAGAGAGAGAGAGAGAGAGAGAGAGAGAGAGAGAGAGAGAGAGAGAGAGAGAGAGAGAGAGAGAGAGAAUAUACAGUUUUGGCAGAAUAUAGGAGAGUGUGUUAGAAUAUUACAAUGAGGAAAGACACUCCUUGGAACGUGGAAAGGUUAUUGAUUUGUCCUGCAAUCAUUUCCUGCUCUUUGAUAUGCAAACGAUCUAGUGUGAAUUUACAGCAAUCCUAUCAGACUCAUUUCACAGUUCUUAGCCCCUGCGUCUCUCCAGAGUCCUUCGCCUCAUUAGGCCAAUGUUCUCCAUUACGAGCAUAAUUAAAAUCUUCAGUAGCUUAUCAAAUUAAAAAUAUUUUUGCUGAUCGUAUUGAGAUCUUCACUUCACAGUUAUUUUCCACAACAGGAAUAAAUUAAGACUAAGCAUUUUGUAUUACGAUCUGGCGCUUGAAAGGGCCACUUCUGGUAUCUAUAGAGGGAGUGAUUAAAAGGGGGGGAAUCCGGAGAAUAUAAACCCAUCCGAGAUAAGCAUGUGCAAAUCAUCUUUCAUUUGCCAUUGCUCAUUUUUAGAAUGGAUUUAAUUAAUUGUAAUGUUAAACGAGUGGUCUUUUACAUCCAGUUGAAUUCACAGCAUAUCCAAAGGGUCUUUCAGUAUGUUUUAAACAUGUGACUCAUUUAAGGACAGAUCUGAAUACCCAAUACAAAUUUGCACACAUUCCCAAAGUGGAUCUUUCAAUAUGCUAUUAAAAAUAUGAGUUAACCAAAUACAUUUUUGAAUGACAAUGCAAACGGCUAGAGAACAUACCCUCACGGGGGGAUUUUAUUUUUCUUAUCAGCUUUUGCCUCAUUUAUGUCAAAUGAAAGCAGGCUUCUCUGGCGCGGUGGUAACAGACACUGUACAUACGGAUACAUACACAUAUACAUUGUGUGCAAACAAUGGCUGGGUUCUCUUAGAGAUGGUGUACAGACACGGCAUUAUCCUUUCUCAUCCCCAAUCUGAGGGUGUCAGGAUCUCUGUCAGUCAGCAGGAGAGACAACAUGCUCUCUCAGUGUAUGUGUUCCAACACAAGAAAAUGUCUUGUCUUCUAGGGAUUUUUUUGCUUUCUAAGGCUGCUGUGUGAGAUGCAUGUGCUUGACUUGUUAAAUGAGGUUUAAGUCUUCUGUGUCAAUUGGAGGCGGUGCAGAGCUUUAAGUAUUUUGCACAUUAAUGCGCUUUUGAGAAUAUUACCCCAGGGUCCUGUUUCUGUAGAAGGUGGGGUGGUGUGGGCUGUUUUGGUUGUAACGUUGCUAUUGUAAACUUUUUGUGUGUGUUCUGCCUCUCCUCUUGUAGGAGAAAUGAUGGUGAUUAUUCAGAUUUCAUGCCUUGUCUGGAUGUUAAUUAUUUACUUUGGGCAUGAAAUGCGUGUGAAUGCCAAGGAUUUGUGUGUACGAACACGCUUCAGAUCACAGGGAGAGAGCAGGGGGGAGCAAGCACUCUCCGUGCAUUACCCUCUAGUGGAAUAUUUUUUAAUUAAUACUUGGCUUUGUUUACAGACCCUUUGAUUUAAUUAUGUGACGAAGAGAGUUGGAUUAGCUGUUAAUUGAUUUAGUUAUCCAAUUUGUUUGUUUCAGGCAUGAUUCCAGCGGAGCUUCAGCAGCUGUGGAAGGAGGUGACGAACGUGAAGGAAGAGAACAGCAGCAGCAACAAUAGCCACCGCGGCCUGGACCUGUCCUCGCCACAACCCCCCAAGAACCCCCUCCUCAACCAACACGCCUCCACCAACGGACAGUACAUGAGCCACUCUCUGAAGAGAGAAGGGUGAGUUGUCUCUCUCUCUCUCGCUAUCUGGCUUCCUCUUCCUCCUGAGCCAACAGCUUCUGUGUAACAUGCUGGGUACAAUAGGUUUUAUAUUUCCAGGGAAUGGGAUGUGACUGAAUGUGUUACUAAUGAAGUUGUGCUCAUUGAUUUAACAUUAAAGAUACCACAGAUUAUGAUAUUCGCCACAAUCUGACCUCUUUUUCUAAACUGGGGUGCAACUAGGCAUACAUAUGUCCUUUCUACUUCAUGAAAAAAAAAUCUAACUGGAACUCAUUAUGUGUGACAUUCUCUUUGCUGUCAUCUUUGACUAAAGAAAACAGGAGGCCUACAUCGCCCCCAUUUAAAAACUGCAAUUCCUUGAAGGGGUCUAAGUUGAUGGACAUGUUCCCAUAGGGCUUUGCCCACAGAUGAAUAUUAAUUUAUAGUUUGUAAGUACCUUCCUAUUUUCAUUAAGACACAUGCUUGUUCUGUGUUUCUGAAUCCAGCUGGGGAUUGCAGUGAAACACCUGGGAGCGAGGGAGUGAUUUGGAGUUUAGAUUGCAGUAAUGGAAAUGGGAUCAGCACACUAUUAAUUAGAGGGUCAAGGGUGCUGUUAUUUCAGUUGCACUUAGGAAACUGCAGCUGUGACUUGCAGGGCUCCGUUUGGUUAAAUACAAUUCAAAUUACCAACGUCCUCUCAACAACAGAAAAACACACACCCUGCAACCUUCGCUUUCCCUCCGGAUAGUGACGUUUCUGACAUUGGUAAAAACAUAUAGCAAUUUCACAAUACAAUAGAAGAGACAACUAGCCUUCUAUAGGUGUGGCGUUCAGAACAUAUUGAAGCCAAGCAAUUCAGACUAUACAGUUAAUCUACUGUAUUCUUUAGUUAAAUAUAAUUAGCAUCAUUUAUAUUACAUAACUAAAUAAAAACACAUUCUAACUUUAAUUGGAAUACACUACCGUUCAAAAGAAACUGAUCAAUAGAAAACCCUUUUGCAAUUAUGUUAGCACAGCUGAAAACUGUUGUGCUGAUUAAAGAAGCAAUAAAACUGGCCUUCUUGAGACUAGUUGAGUGUCUGGAGCAUCAGCAAUUGUGGGUUUGAUUACAGGCUCAAAAUGGCCAGAAACAAAUAACUUUCUUCUGAAACUCAUCAGUCUAUUCUUGUUCUGAGAAGUGAAGGCUAUUCUAUGCGAGAAAUUGCCAAGAAACUGAAGAUCUCGUACAACGCUGUGUACUACUCCCUUCACAGAACAGCGCAAACUGUCUCUAACCAGAAUAGAAAGAGGAGUGGGAGGCCCCGGUGCACAACUGAGAAAGAGGACAAAUACAUUAGAGUGUCUAGUUUGAGAAACAGACGCCUCACAGGUCCUCAACUGGCAGCUUCAUUAAAUAGUACCCGCAAAACACCAGUCUCAACGUCAACAGUGAAGAGGUGACUCCGGGAUGCUGACCUUCUAGGCAGAGUUGCAAAGAAAAAGCCAUAUCUCAGACUGGCCAAUAAAAAGAAAAGAUGGGCAAAAGAACACAGACACUGGACAGAGGAAGAUUGGAAAAAAGUGUUAUGGACAGACAAAUCGAAGUUUGAGGUGUUCGGAUCACAAAGAAGAACAUUUGUGAGACUCAGACCAAAUGAAAAGAUGCUGGAGGAGUGCUUGAUGCCAUCUGUCAAGCAUGGUGGAGGCAAUGUGAUUGCCUGGGGGUGCUUUGGUGGUGGUAAAGUGGGAGAUUUGUACAGGGUAAAAGGGAUCUUGAAGACGCCAUGCCAUACCCUGUGGACGGCCCUUGAUUUAAGCCAAUUUCCUCCUACAACAGGACAAUGACCCAAAGCACAGCUCCAAACUAUGCAAGAACUAUUUAGGGAAGAAGCAGUCAGCUGGUAUUCUGUCUAUAAUGGAGGGGCCAGCACAGUCAUCGGAUCUCAACCCUAUUGAGCUGUUGUGGGAGCAGCUUAACCGUAUGGUACAUAUGAAGUGCCCAUAAAGCCAAACCAUCUUGUGGGAGGUGCUUCAGGAAGCAUGGGGUGAAAUCUAUUCAGAUUACCUCAAGAAAUUGACAACUAGAAUGCCAAAGGUAUGCAAGGCUGUAAUUGCUGCAAAUUGAGGAUUCUUUGACGAAAGCAAAGUUUGAAGGACACAAUUAUUAUUUCAAUUAAAAAUCAUUAUUUCUAACCUUGUCAAUGACUACAUUUCCUAUGCAUUUUGCUAUAUUUCCUAUUCAAACUCAUUUCAUGUAUGUUUUCAUGGAAAACAAGGACAUUUCGAAGUGACCCCAAACUUUUGAACGGUAGUGUAUGUGUCAAACAGAGACCAUUUAUUAUUACAUGAUAUAAAAAAUACACUAUCAAUAUUUGAAAACGAUGUUGAUCUGAUGUAUCUAAGUUAGACAACCCCUCUUUUCGUUGGAGGCUUGAUGUGAUAUUUGUAGGUUUUCCAAAAUAUUUCCCUGAGCCUCUGUGUCUUUAAGGAAGGAAUUAAUUUGGCAUCCAACACGUUGACUUGCUUUCUUGCACUGAGGCGCUGAUCUCUGAACUGCUGGUGAGAAGCCUCCAGGCGCCAUGAGCUCACUGCACAACAUCUGACUUGUGUUUCACUGAUCAAAACCUGUGUGUCAUUAUGAAGGCAAUGCAGAUGAAAACACGUUUAGCACUCUAAACCAUCAGGCCUUGGGAGGUGGAGAGGGGUUCAAACACAGACAGGCAGAUAGAUAGUCCUCUAUGGUAGUAGUGGGGAGAUACAGGCCUGCAUGGAGAACCUGACUGACUAACUGAUUAUCUCACACAGCUAUAGCUUAAUGGGGGACCUUGGAAUGCCUUAUUUGGAAAGGAAAUAAAUGCUAUAUGUUUUACUGAUUACGGGAUACUAGUUCAUCACAUGCAUUUGUUUCAAUAUAAUGUGAGACAUUUUAGGUCAAGCGGUGUGACAUCAGUAUUUUGACACUCCUUUCUUAUAUUUUGACUAUGAGGUCACACAGAAUGUCCACAUUUCACUGAGAUAUUACAUGGAAACACAGAUAGAUCCACCUCUAUCCUUUGCACACACUGUCCCAGCCACACACAGCACACACACACACAUGCACACACACACACACACACACACACACACACACACACACACACACACACACACACACACACACACACACACACACACACACACACACACACACACACACACACACACUCACACAGCAAGCUCCAGACACCUCUCCUAGCUCAGUGCAGACAGUAUCCACAGGCCCUGAUGCAUUCAGUCUGCUCAGUUAGUCAGUCUGUGCUCUAGCCUCUGUGGCUGAAGAUUAAUCAGAGGGGAGGAUAUUGACACGCUCCCUUCAUCACCUGCUUCAGAUGUGACCAAACAACAAGUCCCAGCUGAAACAUUGGAGAAGACGUGCAUGAGAGGCUGCCUCCAAUGCCUUGCGCUCCCUGUCAGAGAUUAAAGAAGACGUCAACAGCAGUUUAACACACGCUCCAGUGAAGAAGGCAAUCUGGGGUUGAAUAUUCACAGAGUAUCUUAGAUCUGUCAGAAACCCAAGCAGGUGAUUUCUCACCCGUCUCUCUGUUCUGUGCCGGUGCUGUGGAUGGCAACACAACGUUUCCAAACGCGGCUUUAAAAUAUAGAUGACUGAUAUAAAUGAGAAUUAAAAAAUCCCUAUUAAACACUGUAUGAUGCCAAUUUAGAUUCAUGUAACCAAUAAUCCUUUGCUCAUGUUAAUUUCCACAUGCUUAAAUCAUACAACUAUCAAGAGCAUUUUUCAUCUCUUUUGAUGAUGCAGACUCCAUUCUAAACAGAAUCUGAAAUAUUAUUAGGCAUGAUUAUUCCAUAGAAAGCUAUAAGAGACGUCUGUGUUAUAAUCCAGGGAUUUGAAUAAUCAGGUUUUAGAUAAUGGCCUGGGCUGGGUGUAAAUAGAGAGCAUCCACUCAUCCUCCCAGUGCUGAACGUAAUGAACUUUUAAUUGAUGUGGUUUUGCAAGUCCUUUUGUCAUGCAACAGAAACAAGCCACUCUGAUGGACCCGUUUUCCCGGCUGGGCUCAGAUUGGUUUACAGCAAGCCCUAAGUACCAUGUAGUUAGUUUCAUGUGUCAUAUAAAAUCUGCCCAGGCACAGCGACGCCUGCAACUAAAACCUUAAGUGCAUCCACAAGCAUCAUUCACAGGUCUUUUCACUUCCGUCUUAAGGAAGGAGGAGAAAUUCAAUCACUGCAGAGACGUUGUUCCCACUUUUAGCAGCCUCCAAGAGCCCUCACUCGUAGCAGGACAGACAGGGAUCCUGACUGAAUACGCCCCAACAUGGUGAAGGCCCUCUCCCUGUCAGUUAGUCAUUCUUGCUGGUCCGAGCUUUGGGAUGUGAGGAGAGAAAUACCCCUGUGAGCCAGGUCUCUUUGAUUCGCUGAUAUAAAUGCAAUGUAUCCUAUCUGUACCUGACAUCAAGUCCCCAUCCCUGCACUGCACUCAUUUUGUGCAAGAGAGAGAUAUAUGGAGAGAGAGAGAGAGAGAGCAUCCUCCUUACAAAGCAUUUGGCCCACUUACUUCCCAGCAACCAUCAAUAACCACAGCUCAGGGACUUCAGCUCAGCAAUCUGUUAAGGAGAUAAAUAAUCUGAUUUGGCACGACACUCCCCUCUCUCGCCUUUAAUUUGUCUUACACCCGGAAAAUGAUAAUUAAAUCAUUUAGGGGUAAACCCUUGAGUGGCAGGAGAGACGAGAGAAUGGAGUUGGGGUAGUCAUCGAUACUCACUCUGAGAGAUGAUAGACCUUAUUUUGACUGGCUGUACAGACAGACCAUGUCCAGACUCUGACCCUGCUUGGUAGACACAUCAAUCCUCUCUCUGUUUGGUAGCAAUAGACUUAGACUGACUGUCCCAGUGAACUGUAUGAUCCCUAGGAUCAUACCUUGUUGAUGACCUAAAGCAUCUUACUCAAAAAUAGACAGAUUGUGUACAGUGUGCUCUGGUUGUGUGUUUGCCUGCGGUAUGGUAGGCCUAUGUGUUGUUGGUGUUUACAAAGUGCAACACCUGGAAGAUUUGGCCACGUUCUGUCUAGGUAGAGGCUUUUUGUUCCUAUUCUAUGCAGGAAGCAGAUGACACAGUUUCCCUCAUUGCUGUUACAAGAUCAUUAGAGUUCUCUUCCCCCAGGCAGCAAGGCAGCCUGACAAUAAUAGCAUCCUAACAGACCUGCCCAGGGUGCGAGUCACAUUUAACUCCACCACAGAAUUUGAGAGAGAGAGAGAGAGCUGAGGAAAGGAGCUGUUUUUUCUCUCCUAGUGCUGAAUGAGAAUGAGCUCACAAUAGGGAGAAACCUCACAGAAUCCCAGGCACUUCUCCUAUUACACUAAUGUAGCUCAUUUGGUGUAUAUUCUGUCAUUUACCACUGUUUAGUCAUUUGCCGUUUAAAAGUUUUCUUCUGCCGCCAAGCAGAGGCUUCCAAGCUCUGUGCUCACCGACUCCCAGCACACACUCCACAAUUCAAUAUCUUAUUAAUAAAGAAUUAACCAACAUGCCUCCUCGUAAAGAAUUAAAAAAGGAUCUCUUUAAAUUAAAAAUCAGCACUACAUUCAACAGUCCACACAUUUCCUUGUUAAAAAGUCAUUAUAAUAGAUCUUCUACCAUCUAUUUAUUAGCUGUAUCAAAACAGAGGUCUUAAUGUGUAUGCAUAAUUCAUAAUUGGAUUUUUUAAAAUAUGUCUUACUUUUGAGGGGGGAAAACUGUUAACCACAUUCAUGAAUGCUUCACUGCUCCCUAAUUGUAAUGCAAUUGUCACGUUAUGAACAAUGUGAACUCUUAAGCAAGUAAUUAUAACGCAAGAAAACCUGUGACGACCCUUAAAAUUUCCUUCUUGAGGUACAGCUUUACUCACAUCUAUACAAAUGAGAUUUUAAUCUGAACAACAGCGUAGUUUAAUCCUGCAAAAUUGGCACACCCCGAUUAAAUUUUUAUUUAUAUAUAUAUAUAUAUAUAUAUGUAUGUAUAUAUAUAUAUAUAUAUAUAUAUAUAUAUAUAUAUAAAAUGAAAGAUUGUUUCUGUAAUUAUAUGCGUUAGGAUUGGUUAAAUUGUGCAGAGGGCUUUUCAACCGUCAUCCUUAGUAGAGCAAAUUUACACACAGAGCAUAUCCAUAUGAAUCAGACAAUAGUAGUUAGACUGAAUGCCUAACGACAGUACUGUGGAGAUUUGGACCUAAUGAAUCUUCCCUUGCCCUCUCUCCCUUCUCAGCCUCCUGCAGAAUGGGUCAUUACGUAAGUAGCAGUGGUGUGCUAGACUAGAGAGCCACUAGCAGCACAGGUGGUAGCGAUAUAGGACAGUCCCCCAGACUCUUGUAGCUGACACUUGUACAGUGCCUGUGUCCAUAUGGCAGACUGUCUUGCUCUCUAACACAAACCGUCUACACGCGCAGGCCUCUGCAUUGUACUGUUUCUGGUUAUACUCUGUGUUUCCACUUGACUUGCCAUAUGGAAGAUGUUGUGUAGUUUGUUUUUCGGGACGAUCCUGGUAUUUACAGCGGAUGUUGUGAAGCCGUAAGCCUCUCCUCAGUUGUGCUAGUGUUUGGCCCCUGCUGAUGUCGGUUGGUCCGUCCGUCCGUCGAUCGGUAAAUAAGCAGACAGGGGCUGUUUGGUAUUUACUGUUUGUGCUCGACGGGAGGCUGGCAGAUGGAUUUUUGUUGUGGGACUGGCCAGCCCGUUCCUCCAGGUGGGUUCUGGGAUAGGGUUCAGCGGUCAGGGCGUCUCAGGGAACCCCUGGCUGCCUGGAUCAAAGUGGGCUGCUACUUGGAUCACUGACAUUAAAUAAUUACAGAUUGGGUCCCUCUCACAAGGGCUGCCCCUACGAGGGCCGCCACCUCCAGCCAGAGAGGAAGCAGAGAUCACAAGGCUCACACUGCCCACAGUUCAAAGGUCAACACAAAGACAGGCUUUUGUGUUGAGACACCACAAGGGGCAUUCUCCCCAAACCCAUCAGCAUCCUCCACUUCAAAUGGUGUAGUUCUGUAUCAUCAGCCAUUAAAACAUCCUCCACAAAGAGACUGUUAAUAGGCAGGCAUUAAUGUACGUCUGGCUUUCUCUUCCAGAUCUACGCUAGACGACCACCACCACCACUCUCACCACAGUCACCCGCUCUAUGGGCACGGGGUGUGCAAGUGGCCUGGAUGUGAGGCGGUGUUUGAGGACUUCCAGUCAUUCCUGAAGUAAGUUUCAUUGCUUUUAGGCUGCAUCUCUCUGCAGUAUGUUACGUUUGCUUCCUCAGACUCCAGUGUCUUGUUCCCGUGGGCGUCUGGCCCUCUUCUUGGGUCGAUUAAGGUUUCUCCUGGGGCUCAGUGGCACUACAGGUGCAACGGGUUGUUAUGUGUGUGUGUGUGUGUGUGUGUGUAUGUGCAUUUGUGCACAUGGGCAUGUACAUUUGAAGUCGGAAGUUUACAUACACCUUAGCCAAAUACAUUUAAACUCAGUUUUUCACAAUUCCUGACAUUUAUCCUAAUAAAAAUUCCCUGUCUUAGGUCAGUUAGUAUCACCACUUUAUUUUAAGAAUGUGAUAUGUCAGAAUAAUAGUAGAGAGCAUGAUUUAUUUCAGCUUUUAUUUCUUUCAUCACAUUCCCAGUGGGUCAGAAGUUUACAUACACUCAAUUAGUAUUUGGUAGCAUUGCCUUUAAAUUGUUUAGCUUGGGUCAAACGUUUCGGGUAGACUUCCACAAGUUUCCUACAAUAAGUUGGGUGAAUUUUGGCCCAUUCCUCCUGACAGAGCUGGUUUAACUGAGUCAGGUUUGUAGGCCUCCUUGCUCGCACACGCCUUUUCAGUUCUGCCCACAAAUGUUCUAUAGGAUUGAGGUCAGGGCUUUGUGAAGGCCAAUACCUUGACUUUGUUGUCCUUAAGCCAUUUUGCCACAACUUUGGAAGUAUGCUUGGGGUCGUUGUCCAUUUGGAAGACCCAUUUGUGACCCAGCUUUAACUUCCUGACCAAUGUCUUGAGAUGUUGCUUCAAUAUAUCCACAUAAUUUUCCUUCCUCAUGAUGCCAUCUAUUUUGUGAAGUGCACCAGUCCCUCCUGCAGCAAAGCACCCCCACAGCAUGAUGCUGCCACCCCCGUGUUUCACGGUUGGGAUGGUGUUCUUCGGCUUGCAACAUCUCAUCUUUUUCCUCCAAACAUAACAAUGGUCAUUAUGGCCAAACAGUUCUAUUUUUGUUUCAUCAGACCAGAGGACAUUUCUCCAAAAAGUAUGAUCUUUGUCCCCAUGUGCAGUUGCAAACCGUAGUCUGGCUUUUUUAUGGCGGUUUUGGAGCAGUGGCUUCUUCCUUGCUGAGCGGCCUUUCAGGUUAUGUCGAUAUAGGAUUCGUUUUACUGUGGAUAUAGAUACUUUUGUACCUGUUUCCUCCAGCAUCUUCACAAGGUUCUUUACUGUUGUUCUGUGAUUGAUUUGCACUUUUCGCACCAAAGUACGUUCAUCUCAAGGAGACAGAAUGCUUCUCCUUCCUGAGCGGUAUGACGGCUGCGUGGUCCCAUGGUGUUUAUACUUGUGUACUAUUGUUUGUACAGAUGAAUGUGGUACCUUCAGGCGUUUGGGAAUUGCUCCCAAGGAUGAACCAGACUUGUGGAGGUCAACAAUUUUUUUUCUGAGGUCUUGGCUGAUUUCUUUUGAUUUCCCUAUAAUGUCAAGCAAAGAGGCACUGAGUUUGAAGGUAGGCCUUGAAAUACAUCCACAGGUACAACUCCAAUUGACUCAAAUUAUGUCAAUUAGCCUAUCAGAAGCUUCUAAAGCCAUGACAUAAUUUUCUGGAUUUUUCCAAGCUGUUUAAAGGCACAGUCAACUUAGUGUAUGUAAACUUCUGACCCACUGGAAUUGUGAUACAGUGAAUUAAAAGUGAAAUAAUCUGUCUGUAAACAAUUGUUGGAAAAAUUACUUGUGUCAUGCACAAAGUAGAUGUCCUAACCGACUUGCCAAAACUAUAGUUUGUUAACAAGAAAUUUGUGGAGUCGUUGAAAAACGAGUUUUAAUGACUCCAACCUAAGUGUAUGUAAACUUCCGACAUCAACUGUACGUGUGUGUGUGUGUGUGCUUGCGUAUAUGUUUGUAUAUGUGUGUGAGUGGGUGUUGGGUGUGUUGUUGUGCCUCUCUAUGAGGGUGUUGGGGUGUGGUCUCCACUGGGCCCUGCAGGGGCCUCUAAUUCCUGUGAUAAGUACCGUCCCCAUGGUGAUUCUGGCCAUUUCCCCCAAACAAAUAACGGGAGGAUGUUUAUCUGGGGCACCCAACACUCAGGGCGCUCUGCAUGUUUGCCCUUGUCACUGGACAGGGAUUGGUGUGUGUGCCUUCGCUUCCCUCACUCAGCUCUUUCUCUUGCUUUCUUUCUGUCUCUCUCUGUUUGCUUUUCUCUUCUCUUCUGCUCUUUAUUUUUGUCUCUCCACUGCCUCUCUCACCAAACAAGCUGUCUUUAGAUCACGCCUUAAUAACAGCACCAGAACUAACUUAUUGUCACGUCUCAGAUUCAGUAGUUUUACUCAUCAACAACAUCAAUUAUAACCAUGCCGUUGGACCCUCUAAAACAUUUACAUUUUAGUAAUUUAGCAGACGCUCUUAUCCAGAGCGACUUACAGUAGUGAGUGCAUACAUUUUCAUAUUAUUUUUGUUAUACUGGUCCUCCAUGGGAAUCGAACCCACAACCCUGGCGUUGCAAGCGCCAUGCUCUACCAACUGAGACACAGGGGAAUCAAUCUCAGGGUCUUUUGGCUUCUUCUUCUAAUUCAUAUCCACUCUGAACUGGGCUUGUGAUGUCCAGGCCUGACCCUGUUUACUAAUCAACAUUGUGUGCAGUGUUCUGUGGGUAAUCCAACCCAUAACACCACCCUGGCUACAGAGACAGAGGAUGAAAACAUCUGUGGCAGCAGAUCAAUGGGUGUCUGUCGCCCCAGAUUAGUGGCACUUUAAACAAGAUAUGACACAUUUCCAUUAUCCUGGGCCUAAACUAAAACAAGUAGUCAGGGCACACAGAGGUCCCUCACAAGAUACAGUAGGUGGAGACUUAACAGUCACUACAGUUCUGCUGUUCCUACUCGGUGUUUGGCUUUUCAUUUCAUACUAUGCAGCUGGUCACUUUGAGAGAAGUUUGUUUUGAAAAGUGUCCUGAAGUGUUUACAGCACCGCAAAACACUUUGAGAUAAUUUUUUAUGAUAAUAAUGGAAGCUACCCUGGAUUUAUGUGUACUGAGAGAAAGCACAGAAAGUUUGAGUUGUUUUUUUAAACUCUGUUUAUAACACAUUUUCACCAAGUUCUUCGACUUAACAAAUUAGCAAAAAUAUGUCUAUUUUGUUCUCCCUUCACAUUCCAGUUUUGGGAGUGUCACCUUCAAACCAUCACUAUUUAUUGUAUUCUGACAUUGCCUCACACUUUGUUUAUAGAAGUGAGAGGAAUUAAAAUCUGUGUGCCCGGUAAAGCUCUCCUUAGAAAAAAGCCUUUUAGUGCACUCUGCAAUGUUUUUACAAGUGUUUUUAUCAUGGCAACAUCUUGUUUACUUUAGUUGCCUGCAUAAACUGCUUGGAACAUGUUAAGAAAACCUUUGGAGAGAGUCUCCACAAAGCCGUCUUUGUGUAACAGCAGACAAGAGAGCAAGCAGCUCACCAAGGUGUUAACUCUCAAACCCUUAAGCACUUCCACAUGAAACCCAGAGACUGAUACCCCACGUCUCAAAAAAAACAAAAACACAAAUAAAUACAAUGAAUAAAUCAGGCAUAUACUAACAAUACAUUUAUAAAUGAAUGUUCAGGCGGAUAGACAUGUUGGAAGUGAACUGGAGGAGACAGUAGAGACAGCAGAACACUAAGUACUGUAUAGGAGAGUGGGAAAGGUGAGGAGGACUCUAACGUCAACCAGAUUUCAGCUCGCCAUGCCAACAGCAACAACUAACACGGGACUGAAAUAUUGUUUUAAACUGUGUGCGUAUUUAUUCUGUCUUUUAAAGAAAACAUGACAUACCUACAUGCACUAUCUCGAUAAAUAAAAAGGGCCAAAUCCUGUUUUCAAUUCAGUGCUGUGAGAGGUGGGGUCCGGUUUGUAGUAGAGCUCACUGUUUUUAUGAGGGUCAAGACCACCUCUUCAGUGGCCUUUCAAAGGUCACAGCCAGUGAAACACUGCACUGCCCUCUAGUGCUGCACCCUCUGCCUCUCUCUCACUUUCAUAAAACUAACUAACUCUCAUACCUCAACACUCUCUGAGAAUUGCUUAAGAAGAAUAGGCUAUUUGGUGGAUAUGUCUUUUGUAGACAAUGUUGUUCUUCAUAUUUCUCAACAUAUGUCUCCUAAAAGAUGUCUCUUAAAAUCAUUGAACAAUAUUCUUGAAUAUCUUAUAUUUAAAAUGCAGUUUCUACCCGAUGUGCAAACAGUUUUGUUGAAAACAAUGAAAAUAGAAAUUAAAAUGUACACAAUGAUCAGCUACAGAGUAUAUGGACAUGUGCCAUAGGGCUGGUCCAAAGUAGUGGGUCCAGUGUAUAUAAUUAAAACCAGUAGAAAAAGAAAGGCACCCUAAAUGAUAAGUAAAAAGCUGACUGUUUAAGGAAUGUCUAUUUAACUUGUUUUAUUGUGGCAAUUUACAUUAGGGACUGUCAUCCUGCCAGAAAGCUUUUAAAAUCUGCUUCAUUUCAAGUCCAGAAAGUGACACAUGCCAACGUUCAUAGUGUCUCUCGAUGUCAAUUCCCCGUAUCCCCAGCUAGCUCCACGUGUCCAGACGCUCUUCGCAGGGCUGCAUUAGGGGCCAUUUGAAUAUUUCAUUUCCUAUUAAUUAUGCACUGUGACUCUCCAUGUCAUUAGAAGAAAAAAAAUGUGAAUGUAACAAAGGAUGAAGAGAAGUGAGGUGCAUGGCUUCCAUGAACAGAGACAUUCCAAAGCUCAUCACGUAGGGCACCCUUCAUUGAAAAUGCAGUCUAUGCCGGUUAAAUAAAUUGAAGUUGAAACGUCUUUACCUAUUUAUUAAAAAAAAAAUGGUAAGAUGUGCUGAAAUGUUUACCAGUUUCAACCUACUUAAUUCAAUGGUAUUUUAUUUAAUUCAGAUAAAUGUGAAGCUGAGAGUGGACAGAAUUGAUUUCAGCAGGCAGGGUUAUCGUUCACGCUUUCUUCAGAUGUGCCUUCAUUUCUGUCUUUUUGUCAAAAUAAUUAAAUUGAAAAUACUAAAUAUAUAUUACAUACUAUUUACAAAUAUAUAUACAACAGCGCCAUCUGAAAAGCAGUGUAUUUUCCAUAAAGAUUUAAAUCACUGUGCCCAAGGUUGAAAAUAGUCCACUAAAAGAGAAACCUUCACAUUCAAGCAGAAUGCCAUCAAUUUCCCCUCCCUUCACAUUAUGUCAGUUUUGUGUGUGUCUGUGGCUUUUUAAUGCACAAAUGUGUUGUCGGUGUGUUAAGCAAUCGGCCCACAACAAAACUGCCAGGGUGGCCUUUAGAUUUAUUGGGCCAUCAUAUCAGCCCGGCCUGCUAUUGCUACUGCCCCGGUCAGGUCUGGCUACUUUGAUUUGCAAUAAAUGACAGAAAAAGUGUAUUUGAGAAGGCAGGCACGUCGCACACCAUUCCUCCCUCCGCCGGCACCACUGUGAGUGCGUAGAGGCAUGCAUAGUGACAGUGACCUACAUGGUCACUGAAGAUGUGAUAUAAUUUAUGAUAUAUAUAAUAUAUUGGAUCCAUUAGCGAGCAUAAUGAAGUAGUGAAAUGAAAGGGUAUUUGUGAAAUCAGUUCAAACAUCCUGCUCGGAUUAUGAUUAAAUGAUUAAUGAAAUGCCCCUGCAUAAGCAUUUUCAAACAGUAAUUCAUGCGGAGGCUGAUAAAAAUCCUCCAAUCAUAUUUCCUUCACUCGUGAACCUUAUCUCCACCAUUUUAUAUAAAUCACGGAAAAAAUCCUGUCUGCUGCCGGGCAAGCUACUUAUUUAGAUUAGUAAAAAUGUGCAGGAAAAGAGAACAUCUUCGCAGUAUAAAAUAAUCAUGCAUAAUUAUAUUCAUAAUUCAAGUUUGUGACAGAUUCCAUCUCUCUUCUUCUUGUUGUCCUUUGCCUUUCCUUCUGGCUUCAUUUGAGUUCUCUUCAUCUUGAUGACAUAAUUAACUAAAAAAGCCACCAAAAUAAGGAGAAUAUGCCAACCAGAAAUCUUUGAAAAGAAAGGUUGCACAGUGAAACACUGCAUAAUUUCCAAAAUUAAUCCAACCUGAAAUUCUUAAGUCAUUUUUCUUAGCUAUGAAGUUAAGUUUGAGCAGAUAUGGCCACCUCAUGAAAUAUGGAUUCCAUUCUUCUUUGCUUAAAGAAUUCCUUUUCAGGUUAUGCAGAUAUUGUUAUAUAAAUCCUGGUAAUAUUAGGGUAGUUUUAUAUUUCUGGAUCUGCACAGUAUUUACUCAUUAUUAUCAGCAUGUGUGUUCACCAUUCCUACUUUAUUCCCACAGUACCCAUACAGAGGUAUUACUAGAUCACGUAAUCACAUAAAGCAUUAUAGGAUUUGGAUCAAAUUGUAUAAAAGGCUGCAUUAAAACCAUGUGAAGACACAUUGAGCUCAGAAUCUUUGUUUUCUCUGUUCUGUUUCCUCUCAGGCAUCUCAACAAUGAGCACGCCCUGGACGACAGGAGCACAGCCCAGUGUCGGGUGCAAAUGCAGGUCGUACAGCAGCUGGAACUACAGGUAUUGUCUCUCGUUUUCACCCAAAUAUGCGUGGCUCCUUUCCUGACACUUCCUCUGUCUACCGCUCCCCCCUCCCGCUCCCUCCAUUUCGCAGAUAUGAACCAUGGGUCACACAUUGAGGGGGGUGAAAGAAUGAAAUUAUUUUGUACAUUUGUGAGUAACCAGUCAUUAAAAAUGUGUUAUGUAUGCAUGACAGCCAGACAAAGAUAUAUGAAGGGCUCCGGGGCUAAGUAGAGAAGAUAAUUACAUUUAGAAUUUUACUGGGUUUUAAGGUUAUUUAUGACUUUAAACUGUUUGGCACCAACAAUAAAACACUUAUUGAAAUGCUCAGGCAGCAGCCAACGAUGGGCUUCCUCAGUGUCGACUAGGUUUAUUGGAACAAAAAGAUACGAUACCAUAUUUCUCACAAAUAACAGUGAUCAGGAAUAUUAAUGUAGUCCUCCCUAUGAGUGGCCUGAUAGGCACUUCGUCCAUACGAGGGACCCUGGAAAAUAUACAUAUGUACAUUAAGUAUGCGCUAAUGGAAAAAGGGAUGGCACAAUUUUGGUACAUUAGUGUGUGUAAGUAAGGGCUGUGGAGAGGUGGGUCUGAACACUAACUGGUCACAAUGCCCACUAGGCAGGAAUCAGGUGUCUUUGGGGAAGGUUUGCACAUGUUAUAUUACAACUGAAAGGUAGACCUAACGAACCAUGCCAUUAACUGUUCUUUUUGUGUAAUUUGUUGUUGUUGUUGCUGCUAAGCAGGCAUUGUAAUCAAUGGCAUUUGUAUGUAUAACAGAUUCAAUGCUGUAUACACUUCCAUUUAUCAAGAGUACAAAGCAAUGACGAUUAACAGAAUUUUAACCUCGAACAACGAGGUUACAAGUUCAGUUAAGCAUUUCACAACACUACCAUCUUACUUAUUAUUUAUGCUCUGGUUGUGUGUCAUUGAGAGCGACUCAAAGUGUGCGAGUUUAUCAGACACAUCCUGAUUCCGCCUCCUAACCCAGCGUAUCUCUAUAAUGUGACCUGGCAGCUACUGUAAGACAUAGUGGACAGUUUAGGACAGGUAGGCAGAUCCAGGGUUUGUUAUUGGCAAUGGGACCUAGAGUAUAGUUUAACCUUGAAGAAGAGACAUCGCCAGGUAGACUUGUGCAUGAACAUUAAGGUAUCAAAAUACACAAAGGUUUAUAAUCAGAACAACAUAUUAAAAAACUACUUUCUACUGGAUAUAUGACAUACAGUGAGAAAGAACAUAAUGUAUUGGAUUGUACUACAGAGAAUUAGAUUUUUGUUCAUAAAGGAUUUAAUGGCUGUUUUUUCCUUCUCAUUACAGCUAGCAAAAGACAAAGAACGUCUUCAAGCCAUGAUGACGCAUCUCCACGUUAAAUCCACAGAGCCCAAACCCACCCCACAGCCAGUGAGUAAAAGCUCUAUCAUAUGCCUGUUUUCCGUCCUCCUCUUCUCUCGUUUGUCUAAUUGCCACACAUAUAUUUAUUAAAAUAUUUCCUCAUCUCUUUAUUUAUCUGCUAAACAAAAGCAGCUGCUCACUUGAGAGGAGCACUUAAUAUUGUUUGGAUCACAUAUUUUGACAUCCCAGAUUCAAUUUUGUUCUGAUGAUUAACUCAGAGCACGUGGUAAUAGCAUUCAGUAGUGGCUGAACUAGUGUUGGUAUGAGCUGACACCAUAGACCUCUGUAGCAUGGUAAAAUAUAGACGUUUCUUUGAAAUUGAAAAAUCUCCUCAACAUCUUCAAUUGGUUGUGAAGAUGGUAUACUGGGGAUUCCACCAAAUAAGCUUCAGAAAUACAACAUGUUUCUCAAAUUAAGAGCAAUUGUGAUGGCUGUUCAAUUCCUUAUCUUGCCACAUUUUUCGGACCAUAACACCAUGUGUCUUAUAUCAGCAUGAUAUAACUUAAUGUUUAAUCCUUGUCUUAUAGGGGUACCACUUAACAUACAGCAUACUGCUAUUUUGUCAUGUUUAAGAAGGAGCCCCAUUACCAUAGUUCAGUCAUUGUGACAGUUCAUUCAUAGUGCCGAAGGCAUGAGGGCCAUUACACUGCUGGGCUGAACACAGAGGCACACACAAAGAGGCACACUCACACACUUACACACUUACACAGAGAGAACCUCUCCUCUGACGAGUUCCUUUCAAAGCCUCAAUCAUUUAUUUACAGUCAGUCUGGAGCUAUUGACGGGCAGAGUCUCUGUACGGCACGCCACACAGCGCAGGAAGGCAGGCAGGAAGGCAGGCAGUCAACAUAAAGUGCCUGGAGAUGUGACAAUAGGCUGCUUGUUGGAGCUUUGCCUCUGUCACACACACUGAUUGUGUAGAUUAGGCUUCGGAACGAGUGCCUGCCACAUGGACAUUUGUAUAUGAAAAGUAGCUGGGGCAGCAGAUAGCAUCUUGACUUCUCUACCUCUCCUCUCCCCAGGGCCAGUGGGAAUGGUUGUGUCAGGGCUCUGUGUUAAAGCUCUGCGGGGUGGGUACCAGACCAGUGCUGGUUUUAUUCAAAUAAAUACAUUUCCUGCAUUCUCCAGCGGUGGUGCAGUGCGUGCUGGUAGUUGCUAUGAUAAAUGUGUCUAGCUGUGGUGUGGCUCGGUGGCUGGAUCAGUGGGGGAAUCUCACAGGUCAGGGCCUGAGUCCCAGCUGGAGCUCUCAGUUAGACAAGAGCUGGAGAUGACCUCUGAGUUAGACCUGGCUUUAGACUAUAGACUGUUCAGGGAGUGGGUGUUGAUGGGAGAAAAAACAUUCAGUCACAUCAAACAACAGCAAUUGCCUGCAUUUUACAGUUACCAUUUUACAGUUACUAUUUUACAGUUACCAUUUACAGUUACUAUUUUACAGUUACCAUUUUACAGUUACUAUUUUACAGUUACCAUUUUACAGUUACUAUUUUACAGUUACCAUUUUACAGUUACUAUUUUACAGUUAGUCCUAAUUAAAUACGUAACAGAUACUGUACAUACACAGUGUCAACUGAAUAUAAUUGAAUUUAUUCCUAUGAGCUGUAAAAAAAAAAAAAAAAAAAAGAGAAAAAAAAGAUGAAGACAAUACUGUGCAUAAACAGUCAGUGUGUGUGUGCAUGCGUGUGUGUUUGUGUUUGUCUUUGUGUGGGCCCACGCGGGGGUGGGUGUCUGUAGUUGGUGUCACUAAGCAUUCUUGUCAGAAGUCUGACCUUUUUGCAGUACAUAAUUAAGGAGGGACUUUUUGUUUAUUUUCUUUAGCAGUUUGGCAAGUCAAAGCCAGUAUAAUUAGAUCACCAAUUACCAUUUAAUUAAUUUCUGUCUGAAGUCUCAUUUUGUCUCUGCACUGGAGUGAGCCCAAAUGCUGAGGGAAAGAAAGAAAGGCUAUUACCAGGCUGUCUGGCCUAUUGUUGAGGGCCACUCACUGUUUUUGGCAGGGGAAUAUGGAUGAAACAUGAAACAAAGACUGCUAAUCCACAGGAAAAUAGGUCUAUUGAUAGUAUUGUGUCAGAAAACAACCAACACAAGUGUGAUUUAUUUGGCCCUUGAUUUAGAAUAACACACUCGUACAGUAGUGAAUGUACCGUAUACAUUUAUGUGCUUACAUGAAUUGUGAAACACAUCAUUUGUGUAGAACUCUGCCAAAAGGGAUAUUCUGGCCUCAGAAUUCUUAAUAAACAUUACAUGCUGUAUUUACACAUAUCUCUAUUGAUGCAGAAAAAAACAGACACAAUACCCAUGUUUUAGCAGGUGUAAUGCAAAUGAAUACAAAUACACAGACUACAAUUAAUUCAAAAAAUCACACUAGCCGUAACCUCGUUAAGUCAAUGUCAUGUCAAGGAUGAAUAUAGCAGUGGUGCCAGCCGUGCAGGCAGCCCCAGAUAUCUUUAUUAUAUACCUGUCUAUCAUGUGGGGCCAUCUUGGUGGUAAUGACUGCUAAUAGGGUUGUGGUAAUUGGGUGGCCGUGGAGGAUCCAUGUGGGGGUUGAGAUGUUAAACACUGUCUGUUCACUUUCACCUGCAAGCCCUGCAUCUCCACUGUCACCUACAACCAUUAUCAGCUAAAAUUAGAUAUCUGAUACCUCCAAAGCAAUUGACAACCUUGGCAUUUCAUACAUUUGUUAGCACAAUCCACAAAUGAUUGUCAAAGAUGAGACUCCUCCUGCCCACUCUCUCUCGCUUUCUCUCUCUCUCUGUUUUUUCCUCCCCUCAUUCCUUGCAGACUGAAGUCAUGUUUAAUUUGGGAACUGGCCUCCUUCGGCAAAUGAGCAAUUAGAACAAUUUUGUGGGAAUAUGUAUAUGUGUCAUUAGCUUUCCUGCAAAUUAAUAGCUGGAGCAAUGGGUCAGACUCGAAUUUUCCACUUGACUGCUGCUCCACUGUGGAGGCUUGGCAGUGUUUGGAAGCAGCCACAGCUGCUGGAAGCCAUGGUAUACGUUCAGAGCACUUGGCUUAAUUCGUUUACCUUGUAGCCAUUAUUACUAAUAUCCCUCCCCACACCCCCACCCUUGACAGAAAAGCCACCCCUCUCACUCUCCCUCUCUACCAAAUAUUUGGGAUCCGUCUUGCGCCAGACAGCCCAGGUGAUGGGGUCAUUCAGAUACAGCAUUUAAUCAUCAGAUCACCUCCAUAAGCAUCUCCUAAUUAGAGUCCUUACAAUACAAUUUCAGCUUGUAAUUAGCCCAGAUUGGCCGCUUCCUUUCCGUGGCUUAUUAGUAGCUGCUCAGCGGUAGGUAAGAAUCACAUUGUCAUUUGUCAGGGCUGUUAGGGCCGCCCAUCUCCCCUCGCCAGUCGCCACGGGGAUGUGAUGCCAGUAGAUCAAACAAAGGGAAGAAAACAGAGAGCUGGGAGCUGAGCCGUUAGAGAAUGAGCAGGACUCCUCGGUUGUUUUCUAAACGUUUAGCGACCGUUCACGGAUCAUCCUCAGGGUUGCCCAUAAUUACAGCUGUGAUCAGACUAGCCAAUGAGGCGUCUGAGACGCUGGGUAAUUAACGAGCUCUUGUCUGUCUGUCUGUCUGUCUGUGUUUUGUUUUGUUUACUCUCCCUCCCAGCUCAACCUGGUGUCCAACGUCACCCUGUCCAAAACAGCCCCGCCUGAGGCCUCGCCCCCUCUGAGCCUGCCCCAGACCCCUACCACCCCCACGGCCCCCCUGACGCCCCUGUCCCAGGCCCACUCCGUCAUCACCCCCAACAGCCUCCACCACAGCGUGGGCCCCAUGCGCCGGCGCUACUCUGACAAGUACAACAUGCCCAUUUCCCCAGGUACUGGACGCAUAUACCACACACACACACACACACACACAUACAAUUUCAAAUCUAGCAGACUGGAAACGUAUCUAUAAUAGCUACUGACUAUGGCCUUUCUCUAUGUUCGUCUGUAUGUUGUGUUUGCUCCCUUUGUACAGAUAUUGUCCAGAACAAAGAGUUCUACAUGAACGCUGAAGUCAGACCUCCCUUCACAUAUGCCUCGCUUAUACGCCAGGUAAGGAUCCUUUGGUCGGAUGCCUCCACUCUGCUCUUCUCUGGGCUGGUAACUUGCAAUGUAUUUAAUCUGUCACUUAAAGGAAUAGGGCCUUUAAUCUGCUUCAGUGGCUUCUGUGGUUAACAGAACACGCAGUAGAUAAAUAUUCAGCCAAGACACAGACUGCUUAUUGUCCACUUAUUUUCUCUCCCUUCCUUGUUAAAUUUCAAAUACAAUUUAGACGCGCAGCAGAAGAUUAACCAUCUGCAAAUGAGUGCAAGAAUGCACUCGGGACUCCAAAAACGGCCAUAUAUAACAUUUGCUUUUGAUUAAGCAUUACAGUGGAUGUGAUUAUUAUGAAAUUCAUUUCACACAACAGUAGGGACGAACCUGUUUUAAGAUGGCCAGUCAAUUAUCGGCCAGCCCGCAGUAAUCUGUGAUCUCAGGAAUUUAUCUGAGCCUGUCAUAAUUGCUGGCCUGUAAUCUGCCUGAGAAUUGUUUUUGCUUCCCUCCAUUUACACUGAAAAAAGAAAUAUAUUCAAAUUGUGAGAUUUGAAUGGGAACCAGACAGUGUUCCAUAAAGAAAGCGAGAGGGCACACAUCAUCCACAUCAUCACACGGACAGACGAUGCACUGUAGUCUGUGUUCUUUCAGGAGAGCACACACAACCUUCAUGCCACUUGUGAAUAAUAUAUUGUUUUUCAGAGUGAACAAAAUGUUAAAUGUUGUUUCUGUCUCUUUUUUCCAGGCUAUCCUUGAAUCACCGGAAAAGCAGCUAACACUAAAUGAAAUUUACAACUGGUUCACACGAAUGUUUGCAUAUUUCAGGCGCAAUGCCGCAACAUGGAAGGUAAAAUAACUCUUCACUUUGACUUCCUUAGACUAAUAUAAAGGGCAGGGACUGUUGUGUUGAUCUUGUGGAAUUAAAUGAUAGUCAAAUAUAUCAAGUUUAAAAGCAAUGAAUGAACCUUUACCCAAUUCAUAACUGUGCCUGCUUAUUCUAUCCGAAUAGAGACACCUCUAACACAAACACUGUCUGUAACCUCGCAGAAAAAUGAUGAGGGAAAUUGUGCAUUCUUGUAAAAGAAAAUCCCCAGCUAAUAUUUGGAGAUGUUUUUGGUGGUGGGUGGCAUGAGUUUAACGCUCCACAGUGCUGCCAGGGACUCCUGGCCGAGACCCUCCCACAGAAUUUAAACUGAGAACACCUUUUCCACUGGGCCACACACACACAGGCAGACAAACCCCAGAGAAACAGAGAGAGAAAAAGAGAGGGGUUAGAAAGAGAGGAGAAGCGGAGGAGUAGGAGAAAAGAGAGUGAUGAAGCAUUGAAGGCUACCCUCAUAAGGCAGGGAGGGCCUGUAGUGUAGCGUAUCCACAGUGCAGCUGUGAAUAAACCCCCAAGCCCCCCCCCCCACCAGCCCCCCUCCACAGCUCACUGUCCUCUCUUUUUAACUUCCGCUGACAGCCCUACCAUAGGGGCACAAUGAAGUUUUAAACACCAAAUCCCACACUGUGAAACACUGCUGAGAGUGUAGCAUAGAGAUUCACAUGCACACACACACAUGCAUGCAUGCACGUACACACACACACGCACACACACGCACCACACACACACACACACACACACACACACACACACACACACACACACACACACACACACACACACUCAAUAAAGCACUCAGAUGACAAAGGACCAAUACUUAUACGGAGUUCCAAUCUCAUGUGUCAGUCUCAUGUGUCAGUGAUUGGUUUAUUUAAAGGGGCAAUCUGCAGUUGCUACAUCCAUUUUCGGACUUAUAAAUAAAUUAGAUGUACCCAUUGAUUCUUAAAUAAUAUUUAACAUUUAACAUUUAAGUCAUUUAGCAGACGCUCUUAUCCAGAGCGACUUACAAAUUGGUGCAUUCAACUUAGGAUAGCCAGUGGGACAACCACAUCUUGAUCACAGUAAGUACACUUCUUCAAACAAUAUAACUUAUAAAUGCCUCAUGAGCUUAGUUUAACUGUCGUACCACAUCAGAACCCAAAGUAUAAGCUUCUUUUAUGCAUAUUUUAAGCAAAGUAAAUGUUAACAAACACUGUAUACCCUCAAAACAUGGUUAAAACUAUCAUUUUGAUAGCAUGGAUGGUCACCGUUUGCAUCCAUAGCUCUGUCUUUGAAUUCUCCAGCCUCAUCCCUCAGCUUUUUACCGAAACAGUGGCGCUUUGUUAUUGUUUCAACUGCUGAUUGCCACUUUAAGAAAAGUAACCUGCAUACUCUGCCAAUGGUCUUAUGAAAAAGCUUAUCAUAUAACCCAAAAGCUAAAGCUUUUGGAAAUGUGUCUUCUCCAUUAUUGUUAAAUUGUAGGUAAGGUCAUAACUGAAACUGACAAACCAAACAGACUGGUUUAUUUGAUCAAGGUCUUUGUUCAGUCUGGGUUUUUGUUAUCAAGGUCUUACAGAAGGCUCUUCUCAAAUGGCUCAUCAUAAAUUAAAGCUCUAUGAAUGAUAUUUUAAAAGGAUGUUGAUGAAAUGAAACUGUAUUGCCAUAGUAACUGGAAAAUAUUUCCACAAUGUUUUUGUCAUUUGAAACUUUUUGGCAGUCUACUGCCAAUAUAUCACUGAUACUUGAAAUAAUGUACUGUAUUAUGUCCAGGUUCUAUCAUGUGCCUGUCUAUAAAUGUUUCUUCUCUGAGAUGAAAUGGUUCAUGAUUAGACAUUUUCUUGUGUUGAUAGAAUUUUUCUCUCCCUUCUUUUUUUUUACACCAACUGCAGAACGCAGUCCGGCAUAAUCUUAGUCUUCACAAGUGUUUUGUGCGAGUAGAAAACGUUAAAGGGGCUGUGUGGACAGUGGAUGAACUAGAGUUCCAAAAGAGAAGGCCACAAAAGAUCAGUGGGUAGGUCUGCCAUCUCUGGCCGACUCUGGCGUUUGUCUGGUUGUGGAUCUAUGGGAAGAGGCUGCUCCAUGUCAUUGUCUGCGUGCCACGAUGUCCCCCAAAGUCGCUGUUUGCUUUAGUGUGCAGCAUCCCCCAUGCUUUCAGUGUCCUACCCGUGGUGGUGUACCAAAACCCACAUUGGCUUGUGCUUAUUUUCAUUUUGAUCAUCUCCCUCUCCUCCCUUGUCCCUCUGUCUGUGACUGGUGUUGGUCUGUCUGUCCCUCUGUCUAUCUGUCUGUCUGUCCCUGUGUUGUUGUGUUGUGAUCACUGCAUCUGCAUCUGGCUGCCCUGAUGCUUGUCUCCCGCUCAGGGUGCCAUUCGCACCAACCUUUCCCUGCAUAAGUGCUUUGUGAGAGUAGAGGAUGAGUUUGGGUCCUUUUGGACUGUUGAUGAUGAGGAGUUUAAACGCGGCCGCCACGUACAGCGAGGCCGCCCUCGGAAAUACACCGCUGAUGAGAACUUUGAUGAGCUGCUCGUACAGUAAGCACUUCCGCCUGGCCCACCCUGCCUGCUGACCCCCAACUCCCCCCCAGACCCUCGCCCCCCACCUCCUGCAUGCUCUGCCUCUGUGUUCCCAUCAUGCCUCUGUGUUCCCAUCAUGCCUCUGUGUUCAGCUCUUCCUUCAUACAUCAUGCUUUUACACAACCUGCUUCCAUCAACCUGUUUUGUCUUCCUUACAAUGAAUUGAAAUUAUUCUGUGUGCUUUUGGUGAUUGAUAAAAUUGCAUGAAUUGUAUGAAAUGAAUGAUGAGCAUUUUCUAAACUAAAGUUGUUGUCUGCAGAAGUCCAGCCUUAGUGAAGAACAUCCAGACCAGCUUGGGUUAUGGGCCGGCUCUCUCUGCAGCCUUCCAGGUAAAUGUGAAUACUGACUCAGUCUCAAGCUCUCUGGGCGUUCACUACUUUACCUUUUACCCUUUUACUGUGAGGGAAAGAAAGGCAGGAAAUAAUAAACAUAACACUGUGUCCACCUCCUAUUCCUGGUCACUCUUCCUUGUUUUGGAUGUACGGGUGGUGGGAUGGCAGGCUGAAAAGUGCUGACAGUUUUCUUCCGUUUCACCGUUUUAACACUGUGCAUGCUUUUCAGGCUUCAAUGGCAGAAAACAACAUACCUCUAUACACUACUGCUUCCAUUGGAAGUCCCACCCUCAACUCCCUGGCGAAUGCCAUCCGAGAGGAGAUGAACGGAGCGAUGGACCAUGGAAACAGCAACGGUAGUGACAGCAGUCCAGGACGCUCUCCCUUGCCAGCUAUGUGAGUGGCUCCUUACUUUUUAUCUACAGUAUUUGUUUAAGACUGGAGGGAAGGAAAGAGUUUCAGCUGGUCUCCACUGAUUCAAAUAGAUUCCAAAUAUAAUGGAUUUUGAUAGAACAUUUAAAUAUCCACCCAAAUGCUUUAGAAUUUGAUAUUAAAUGUAAAUGUUAUACUAAAUGAACAGUGCUAAAAAGGAUUAUAAAUAAAGAGAGGAUGAUAUUGGCGCAGAUGAAUGAUGGGUCAGGACUGUGGCUGCAGCCCUCCCUGAAAAUGGAAACUCCACCUUCUGGAAGGUUUCAAAGCCAGGCAAGGCCGGGAAGAAAAGACCGGAGCCCUCUGUUAUUUCAACACAAAGUUUAUCAGCUCUCCUUUAUUACGGUUCAAAAAUGUGUCAUGCUGUCUGCUGAGUCCUGCCAUAAUCACCUCUUCAAUUUGUUAAAAUAUUUACAAAAUGCCAGAAAGCAUAGUGACAAAGCUGCUGUCUCCUCCACACUGAAACAUGAGCUGCAACACGUUCAAAACCCUGUGAGCCAUCGAAAGAAAAACAACAAUAAAGCAUAAUUAGUCUAGAAGAAAUAGUCCAAGAUUCCCAUGUAGGAAAGCUGUGGUCGGCUUGGAAACCGCAGUUCCCUAUUCACUUGUUGUAUAGGAGUGUCUGCUAAGUUGUCUGAAGCCUAAAAUAAUACGGGGCAGGCAGCAUCGUUUCCAGAUGUGGGGCAGAACACCGUUGUGCAGCUAUGCUAGAUUUAGGGAUGGCCCCGUACAACAUCAGAGCUAGAGGGAAAUUGUGCCGGAAAACAAAAAGGUGCAGUAUUGAGCUUGUGGCGAAAUGGAGAAAAGUGGCAUCCUUAAUCACUGUGAACAUAGCUUUGGGCAUCGCUCUGGAACAGGAAAGGCAGAGACAGGAUGGGUGUGCUGGCCCAAAGGCUGCCUGUGUCUCUCCCUCUCUUUAUCUUGAGGCUGAUAAAGCCCAUAUUCUGAGCUUUUUCACAAUUACUGUAUGUGGAUAAGCUUUAUAUGAGUACAAAAUUUGUCAGAGCGUUCAACUUCAGUGCGUUCACGCAAAGCCACAUUUCUUCUAUCUUCUAUGAAGCAGCACGCCUUCAAACAAACGUUCAGGUUUACUAGCUAGCACCCUCUAUCACUCUAAAGCCGGCUCCUUCUCUCCUCUCUAUUCUCUGAGAGAUGCACCUCACACAAGCUACAGAAUCACAACAUCCUCGUCCCACCCGAACCAAACCUGGCUCACAGACCCAAAACCUCACAGCUCUUCAACUAGUGUACAGACAACAGGCUGGCUAUGGAGUGGCCCAGGCCUUACAGGUGUUUACCAGCUGCCUAUCUCACAGCCCUGCAUGGUCUUAGUCAGAGUUAGGCUUUUAACACAGAGAGGAAACCAAGGCUGUUCUAUUUUACAGGAAGACUAUAAUCAGGUAUCCAGCCUCAGCCAGCUAAUUAAAAGCAGAGUGUGGAAUCAGCAUGCAGUUCAGUAGCAUAAUAAUAACAAUUUCAUGUUUGCCCUGCAGCUAGGGAUUGAGACCUGAGGCGAUGUGACUUGUGGAGUUACUUUGAUCUGAAACCAAUAGAAAAGCUGACUUUACUUUUCUCCCUGUUUUAUAACACCAAACAUUGUCAGCUCAUUUGCAUUGAAAGCUUGUCCAUUUAUUUACCCAUCAAAGGGUAAAUAAAUCAAAUUUGUUUGACAAUUGUGGGUAAAUAAAUCUAAUGAGACUGGGGUGGAACAUGCAUGUCCCUGGUCGCUGGUCAAAAUGGGCUCAGCGUCUCAUACUGACAUCUAGUGAUGUGGGAAAUAAAUGUAUACAGUUACAUAUCGCUAUAUUAUUUUUGGAUGAUAUUAUAUCGAUAUUUGACUCCAUGUAUCCAUUUCUAAAAAUAAAUGGUUCGAAUGGGAAAUAUCCUGCAGCUACAAAUAAUGUACUACCUCCUCUCUGCGCCAGUCGGGCCUCCUUCACGUGUGCUUUAUUCCUGCAGUGUUUCUGUAAUGAGAAUUUGGCAGAUCUCAUCUCUUUAGCGCCUCCUUUGCCCAGGCAGUGGGCUGGGUUCAUGUUUUGCCUUGUUUACAACUGACAGCGUUAUUAUUCUCAUAAGGGCUCUGUUUCAUAUCACAGUGUUGUGUUGAGUGUGCCUUUCUGCUCUGCUCGCGCACCUUCCUGCCAGCGCUCUUCUUCUUGUAUUGACACUUGGUGAAAAUAUGCAUUCAUUUUGGAGUUUAAAGCAUGUAUGGCGGUGUCUGGUCGCUGUGUUUGCUUGAAGUUGAUUAAUGAUAGAAGCCGGCUCGGGGUCAUCCUCUGGAGACCCGCCUCGCAGGUUGUGCAUGUUAACGAGUAGGAAGGGGAACACACAGCACGCCACUGAUCCACCGCCACCAGGAGGCUGACAACAGCCCACUCGCUCCCUCCGCAGAGUCCAUUCUUCUCUCUCCCCGUCGCACGUUGUUAAUCUUCCUCAUUUAUCAAUUCUAAGUGAAUACCCAGUUGUCAGCUGCUAUGAAAGUAAAGCCUGCAGGUUUCCUGGGAUUGGAAUACCUCAAAAGAAGGUGAAAUUAUCAUCAACACCAGCCCAGCCCAGUGAGGCGCCUCUCAGAGAUUCAUUAGAGCCACUCAUUUGUUUUUGUUCCUAAUUUCUGAAUCAAUACAUGUCUGUGAUUCUGAUUUCGACAGAGAAUGAAAGGUUCAACAAGGGUUUAACCAGCUAAAGAUAAACUAACUGGAACAUCCCCUGUCUGUUUGUGUUCUGUUUCCACGCAGGCAUCACAUUAAAGAGGAACCACUGGACCCGGAGGACCACGAAGGCCCCCUCUCCCUGGUGACGACGGCCAACCACAGUCCAGAUUUCGAUCACCACAGAGAUUACGACGAUGACCAGGGCCACGAUGACAUGCUGUAAGGCCCCCAGGGGCCCAUCCCAGAGGCAGAACUAACCUUAGUCAUCUGUGAGACGCCACAACGUCACAGAUAACACAGAUACAAGACUGCAGUCUCAGCCUUCUGAUGACAGCUAUCAAAUGUUUCCAACUGACUUUUAGUGCCAUUAAAUACAUAGUGAAAAACACAAGAACGAGAAUACGUCCCACUUGGGAGUAUUUUUGAUUUAUAUCUACUUUUUGGUUUAAGUGAACGAAAAUAUGAAAAAAAAAAAAAAGUAAUUUCUACUCAACAUGCGUUGGAUGGACAUGUUUGGUACUGGGGACUUCUUCUUGGUCAGUGUGGUGGUUUCAAAUCCAGGAUGGACUUGGACCUGCACUGUGCAGCCAGUAUGGACUGCAUGCAGCCCACUCAACCACACUGAGCACGGACUGCAGAGGGGUUCUCUCUCUCUUUCUCUCUCUCUC